GACAGCUGCCGCCGACAUUCCCAAAGCCAUCGCGACCGAUCGCGCGGUACCGAAAUCUUCACUUUGGCAGGCGUGAAUAAAAAAAAACAUCCCUAUUAGGGACGCGCCGCGGAAAAGUGAAUUCGAAGUUUUUUUUUUCAAACGUGGAACAGUGACAAGUGAUUUGUGGAUUUUCGAACCUCCGCGCUACCGCGAUGCAGAUUAAGGCGUGACACACCGGGUUGACAGGAAUCAAUCCGCAAUAUGUCGCAGCCUCCGGGACGCGGUCGCGCCAGACCGCCGGGUCCCCCCUCCCCUCUCAACUAUCGUCCACCAUCACCAUGGGCACCGAGCCCACCUCCCCUAAUAUCUGGACCCAGACAUUCAACAGCUUUAGUGUCCCCUCCUCCAGUUCAGCCAUCCCCUAAGCCGUUCCGUCCUUUACACUCUCCACAUUUAAGACAUCAUUCUCAAUCACCAAGCUCUCAUUUCUCUAUAUCCCCAUACCCGAUGUCUCCAACCUUGGGGUUAAGUCCUGAGUACUAUUAUUCUUCCCCUUAUGAACCCGUCAGAGAGUAUGAUUAUGCUGGAGUGCCUUUAGAACCCCCUCCACCACCUAGACCGAUGAUUUAUGAAGAAGAUGAGGAAAGAGGUCCGUCGACAGCUGAGAUCAUUGCUAGUCAGUCUCAAGAAGGUUAUGUGGAUGAGAAACUUGCAGAGUACCAAGCGACAAUUCAGCUUCUACAAGAUGAACAGGAAAGAGUACAAAAGAAGACAUUCGUUAAUUGGAUCAAUUCACAUUUAUCAAAGCGCAUACCUCCCAUGCGAAUCGAUGACCUCAUCUACGACCUCCGAGAUGGCACGAGGCUCCUGGCUCUACUUGAAGUAUUGUCCGGAGAGAAAUUGCCAAUGGAACGUGGCCGCGUCCUCCGUCGCCCACACUUCCUGUCCAACGCCAACACAGCUCUCCGCUUCCUGGCCGGUAAACGCAUCAAGCUGGUGAACAUCAACGCCGCUGACCUGGUGGACGGCCGGCCGGCCGUCGUGCUGGGUCUCAUAUGGACCAUCAUCCUCUACUUCCAGAUUGAAGAGAACAGCCGCGCAUUAGAGUACUUGGGCGGGUCGCGAUGCGCCUCUGUGAUGUCACAGGAGUCAGGCGCGGCCACCCCCACACACAGGGCUGAAGACAGAUGGAAGCAGGGAGCCAAGAAGACCUUGUUGCAAUGGGUGGCAAAUGCCUUACCGAAGGACUCAAACAUCCAAGUAACAGACUUCGGUCCAUCAUGGCGCGACGGUAUCGCUUUCCUCGCUAUCAUCGAUGCCAUCAAAGCUAACCUUAUCAACUUGGCCGAGAUGAAGAGGAAGACCAAUAGACAGCGUCUCGAACACGCCUUCGACGUGGCAGAAAGCGAGCUUGGCAUCGCCCGGCUCUUGGAUGCUGAGGAUGUGGAUGUGGACAAGCCAGAUGAGAGGUCCAUCAUGACCUACGUAGCACAGUUCUUGCAUAAAUACCCUGAACCUAAGACAACAGGCCCAGAUGCCGUCGCAGCGGUGCAAGAGGAAUACGAAUCACUUCGCAUGUGGUUAACGGAGCGUGUCACUAUCAUCCAGCGGCAGUACGACACAAGGACUCUCUCGAGAAACUACGAAGAUUAUGUGCGCGCCGAAAACGAUCGCCUCGCCAGAGAACCCAUCUACCAGAAACUUGAAAAACUCAUGUACACACAAAGUCUAGUCGCCAUCGCACCCAAAUCCUGGCGGGAACUCGUCGCUCUGUGGAUCGACCUAGAGAGAUUGCACAGGCGAUGGCUUUGGCUCCUAGAUUCCGAUCUACCAGGAGAUUUCUGUAAUGUAGGUGAGUGGCUGGCGCGAGCCGAAUAUUUAUUGUACUUCGACGAAAUACCCACGGCCCUGGACGACAAAACCGCGGCUAUCAUCAGCGAGAAAUUGGAAGAGCACAGCCAAUUUUUCGCCGAUUUACCAGAAGUGAUCGAGAGAUUCGAAUCGGCCUUGAGAUCUCCCGACGCUUCUAGGAUACCCCCAGAGAGACUACAAGAUAUGAAAGAUCGUUUACAGACAGUUGAACGCAGAGCCCCACAGAGGAAAGCCCGGUUAAAGUACCUCGAGCACAAGUGCUGUAUCGUGGCUUUCACUGAAUUGACGAAGGCCAAGCUCACCGUUUGGACGGGAAAGUACGGCCGCGUCGACCACGCUCGUGCCUUAUUAGAUGAUUAUGAUAAUUUUGUUACGAAGAAUAAGAUUUUCCAGGAAUUCGAUAAAGCGUAUAUUGAUAUUAAACAAGUAGCAGAGGAAUAUAAGAGAGUGUGUGAAGUAGAUAGAACUGAAGCGAGAGAAAUUGAUGCCUUCUUAAGGGACGUUGGGGAGAAUUGGAGGAGAGUCGCCUCCGAUGUCAGAUGUGCUCGGAGCGUUUUGGAGGAAGUCAUUGCUCAUUGGGAAAGAUGGACGACAUUGGUAGACCAAUUCACUAGUUGGUUGGACAAAGCCCAGCAUAUGUUAAGGGUUUCGGAAGACGAGAGGUUAGAGUUUUUCCAGGAUCUGACUGUUUGGAAAGAGAAACACCAGUUGCUAGGUGAUGCUGCUGGAUUCUUGGCAGCUACAUGUUCCGAAGAAAUUACUUCUGAGAUAAAGAGAAAAUAUGUGGAGAUCACCGAACGCUGGGAACGUGUUUGGGAAGAAGCAGAAUGUUACGUACGCGGUGGAGACGCACUACGUCACCGCAGGGAGUUGGCUCAAGGCAUCCAGAACCUUGACUCCUGGUUGAUCAGCGCUGAAAACUUGCUGUCCAGGCAACCAAGAGCCAACACAACGGACAUACAGACAUACAUCGAUCAGUUACUGCAGCUUAACUCUGAGAUUGAACAACAUGAGGAGCUAUUCAAAUCUAUCAGCAGGACUUUCCAAAACGCGAUCGCAGAGCUACCACGCGAUGACGUUGAAAAUAACAUGAAGAAACUAAAAGAGCAGAAGGAAGCCCUUGUAAGAGUGAGGGCAACCGUGCCGGUCAAACUGCACCAGUACAGACAAUUACUGGUGCAGCAUGAGUCACUAGAGAGUGGUCAGAAGGAGAUCGGCCAGUGGUUGGAUAAGGCUGAGGAAUCUUUGAGGACCACCACUGAAACUAGACGCGAGAUAAUAGAGGAGCGCUACGAGAUCCAUCGCAGCUUCUUCUCGAGAACUACGUACUACCGCUCAAUGCUGGAGAGCAAGAACAAGGUGUUCCAGAACAUCGUGAACUCGGCUGAUACGGACAAGAGCGCUGACGUCACGGAACAAGUGCGUCUGAUGAGGGAUCUCAAUGAACGGUUCGCCCAUGUUUCAUCAGAGGCGACUCGCAAAGAAGCUGAACUUCAGCGUCUCGUCCGAGCCUGGAACGAGUUCGAGACCAAGAAGCGGGCGGUGGAGGAGUGGGCCUCGAGAGCUGAGGCCUUGCUGGCUGACAACAGGGUGGACUCCAAGCAGGCCGUGGACUUCCACAAAAGGUUCUUCCAAGGAGCCGAUGAGAGGGCCGUAUCGGAACUCGUUCGUUCUGGAAGAGAACUUAUUGAGCUGGUUAACGAAGAGGACCGACCUCGAGUGGUACAGACGGUUGAGGAGCUGCAGCGAAGAUGGAAGGAACUCCUCGACCGCGCGCCGCCGCACCUCAUGCGCUUGGAGUUCAGACUGGACGAGGCCGUCUUCCACCACUGCAUCAAGGAUAUUGAGAAGGAGAUCGUUUAUGAAGAACAGGCGUACAACCAAAGCGACGAUGCCGACGGGAUAUUAAUCCGAAACGAAGAGUACUUCCGAAAUCAAGGAAAGGUCAUGCAUGUGGAACAAUGCCUCCAAAAUUUGAAGAAAAUAUCAGAAAGCUACACACAUCAAACAGGAGACAAGGCCCUAGAAGAUGCUUUGAGACGAUGCGAACAAGAGUGGGAAUCGACUGUUCAUAGGGUAGAACAUUUUAGGCAGCAAUUGCAAAGGAUACCUGCUAAAUGGGAUGCCUAUAGAGAAAAAUUCAGAGAGAUGGAGAAGUGGAUGGAUCAUGUGGACAAGACAAUGGAUAGUAUAGUGAGAGAAGUCGAUUCGGCAGAAGCUUUUGAGAAAGAAAAGACUAUCUUCCAGAAUAUUUGCCGCGAGGCUGACCGGAAACGAGAAGACAUGAAAUGGCUAGUUCAGACAUUAGACAUGCUUUCUAAUCAUUGUUCCGAUACAGAAGCACAAGAAGAACAACUUAGAUUAGAAAAUCUAAUUGCCAGAUACAAAAACCUUAUUCCAACUAUUGAAAUUACUAUGAUAAAGACGGAAACCUACACGAGAUGUUACACAUAUCGCCGAGAAGUACACGAAGUAAUUUGUAUACUUGAGAGUGCCAAGGAACAGGCGAAGGUGGAACCAGAUCUACAAUCACUGCAACACGUCGAACAACUUGUGCUAGAACAACAAGCUGCCGUACAAAAAUUGGAUAGACAGAGACCAUCGGUAAUGUCAAUGCUACACAGAGGUAAGGAACUUAUAAAAGACGCCAACGCUCCCGCUUUUGUAAGAGAAGACGUCAGAAACCUUGAAACUGGUUGGAACACCGCCUAUGAAACUAAUACAGAACGACUUGAUAAACUUGUUGAUACCCAAAAAGUAUGGUCGAACUAUGAAUAUCAAAAAGAAGAUUUGCUUUCUGAUAUCAACAGUAUAGAAAGCUAUGUUGCACAUCCAGGCUUAGAACUUGGAGUUACUAAUAUAACUCGAGAACUUCAAGAAACGAAAGCUGUUAGCACGGACUUGGAACGUGCAAAGGCUGAAAAACUACCUCAGUUGCAGAAAACAUAUGCAGAAUUGCAAGCGUUAACUUCAAGUAAACCCAAACCAGUCAUUGAAAAAGAUUUAGAAACUAUAGAGCGUAAAUUAAUAAGGGUACAAGAUGAUGUCCAAACUAAGGUGGAGCAUUUAGAAAAGUUCAACGAAGAAUGGGUUAAAAUCGAGCGUAAAUUAGAGCAUGUUCGAGAUUGGAUAAAGAAAGAAAGCCCUGUAUUAAUAUCUCAGAUUCGGUCAGAAAAUAUUACACCAGAAGAACGCGUUGAAAAAUCUCAAGCGUUACAAAAAGUCAUUGCUGAAAAGUUGGAAAUAGUAAGAAAUGUUGCCGAUCAAGGAACUAAAUUAGCAAUUGAACAUCGUGUUCAAGAUGCUAAUAGACUGAAAGGCGAAGUAACUUUACUGGAAAAAAUGAUGGCAGACCUACAGCGCUCUAUGGAACAUCAAACAAAAGUUGUGGAACAUGACUUAGCGAGUUGGCAGAAGUACCAAAAAGGUGUUGCGGAAAUCAAACCAUGGAUAGAAGAAAUAGAGUUAAAACUAGGCAGUGUUCCCAAACCAACGACUCUUCCCGAAGCGCAGCAAUUGCAACAGCAGUCCAAAGCCUUAAUUGCUGACUGUGAUAAACAACUUAUGAAUUUACAAAUUUUGUCCAGUGUCAGCCAUCAAUUAUCUGGAAAGACUAGUGCCCCAGAUGAGGUAGAUGCUAUUCAUUCCAGAUGGGCCGUUGUUCACGAUUUGGCUGACCAAUGGAAUAAUAAGCUAGACAAACUAGUCAACAACUGGGAAAAUUUCGAAAAAGAAGCUCAGAAACUGGAAACGUGGGUUGAAAGUGGCGAAAAACUUCUCAGUUCUCGUAGCAUUAACGUAGAAACACCUCAAGUUGAAAAAUUGGACCGAGAACUUAAUAAACUUAAAUCGUUUGGCAAUGAGAUUUCACAGCAACAAGCUAAAAUUAUCAGUCUCUCACAAAUUUGUGAUAACAUAUGCCAUAGUAUUCAACCAGAAGGAUCAAAUUUACUUAAAAGUAAAGUAGCAGAUAUCAAGGACCGCACAAACACAUUAGCUGAAACUGUAAGGACAAAGGUUAAUGAACUUUCCGAUAAAAUUAUUGUUAAACAGGAGUUCCUUACUAAAUUACACAAUUUUGAUAGCUGGAUAACUGAUUUUAGAAGAAAGACUGAAAGUUUUGACCAAAUUAGCAGUGACAAAGUAGAACCAACUUUACAGUCUAUGCAUGUACUACUUCAAGAACAUGCAGCAAAGGCUCCUGAAUUCACUGAUAUAUACAAUGAGGUUAAGAACAUGACGUUGGCAUCUCAUCCCGAAGAGACGAGAUCACUUAGUGACACUUAUUCCAAUAUUGCUCAACAUUAUCAGAUCAUUGAAUCUAAUAUUCAGCAAAAUAAAGGUAUAUUACAAAAGUGGUCAGAUCUUUUAAAUUGGUAUGAAGAUAACAAGCAACAACUCAAUCACAUUCAAUACCAAAUAGAAGGUCCGAAAUUAACUCCUGAAAGCUAUGAGAUUCUUCGACAAGAAUUAGUAAACGUUAUAACAAAAAUUCCAGAAUGGAAAAGCAAUACUGCUUUGUUAGAUGGUCCUUCUAGAGUAAAAGUGACAGACCAAAAUACUGGAAGAAUUAUAUCCCCCAGUACUUUAGUCAAAGAAAUUGAAGUUAAAGCUGAUAAUUUGUUGAAUCUUGUAACUUCUAAAAGAGAUUUGGUGCAAAAAGUUGGAGCUAGGUGGGAUAAAUUUAAUCAGCAAAAUUUUGUAUUAGUUCAAGUCUUACAAAAUGUUCAAACAGUUUUAAAUGAAAUGGCUCAAAAACCUGUUCCAUUGACAGAAGCUACUAUUCAAGAAAUGCAAGAAAAAUUAGACAAUCUUGACGCAGAAUUAAAAGAAAAACAAUCUGUGAGAAAAGAUUUAAGAGAGGAAGGCUUACAUUUAAUGAGAGAAGAUCAGCCCAAUAUGGGUACUAUUCAAAAUGCUUUAUCUGCGGCUGAUAACAGUUGGGAGCAAAUUGUUAACUCUGUCCGUGAUACAAAAAAUAAAUAUAUACUUCUUUCGUCGACGUUGCAAGAACUUAAAAACUUCACAAUUGCUUUUGACAGAGAAAUGAAUAGAGCUGAGCAAUUGUACAGUGAAUGUAAAGAUGCACCCAACGAUUACAUGCAAACUGCUCAAUUUUUAGAUAAAGCUAAGAAAUCGUAUGAAAUCUUGAAGCGAUCAAAAAGUUUACUAGACCAAAUGGAUGUUAUUAAACAAUCUGUUUUAAAGCAAGCAUCUACUUUAGGUGGGUUUGAUACAAGCCCCCUAGAGGAUGCAUUCUUGAAUUCCCAAACUCAAUGGGAAAAAGUCAAUGAUGCCAUUAUAAAGAGGAUACAAGAUUUGGAAUCUCAACUUAUAGUAUGGCGGCAAAUUGAUGACACCAAGAAUCAAGUAGUUAGUUGGUUAAGUGAAACAGGACAAAAUUUAGCAAAUGCUUGUGACAAUUUGGAAAUUAGAUUUGGUCAAAAUCACCUCAUGAAAUACAAGGAAGAAUUGCCGCUGUAUCUGGGUCUGAAAAACAGUAUUAAAGCUAAGUGUGAACAAAUUACAAACAUAAAUAAAAAUAUUCCAUUAGGUCAAGUCUCCUCAAUAAUUGAUUACUUAGACAAUGAGUUCGAUGCAUUACAAACAUUAGCAGGUAAUUUAGAAACUGCUGUAUCGUCUUUAGAAUCAAAAGAAAACAAGUUGAAGGAAAAUAUUAAACGUCUUUCUGAUAACAUAAGCAAGAUUCGGGAUGAUAUUAUUAAAUGCGAUGACAUGUCUGGUGACAAUGCUAAGAUACUCGAUCGCUUAAAAAAAUGUCAAUCCUGUAAAGUUGAACUCCAAAAUCUAAGCGAUGAGAUCGAUAAUCUCACUCAAAACGUAUCAGAGAUGAACGCAAACCAUCCUGGAUUUUAUGAAUCUCUAGUUCCAAAAGAACUGAGCACGUUACAAAAACGUUUUGAGAGCGUUUUACUUCAUGCAAAUAAAACUGAAACGACUUUGCUUACAUUCCUACAAAAAUUAUUUACAGAUAAAUUAAGCAUGUUUAACAGAAAUUUAAAAAUAUUAGAUGAUAAAACCAGAUGGUGUAUGCCUGAUGUCAACAGUGACAAAUAUAAUUUAGAAGUUAAGAGUGCUUCUCUUGCUGAUGUCGAAAAUGGAAUUGACGACUGUAAGAAAAAAAUUGUUGAACUCAAAGAAGCUUGUGCAAUAUUACGAGCAGUAGCUGAACCAGCGUCUGCUCAAGAAGCUUCUGCUCAAACAGAAAAAGCUGAAAAAAACUUGGACGUGCUUACUUCAAACUAUGAUGAGAUUAAAAAUCGACUGCAAGAAAAUAUUGAGGCUUGGCAAGAAUAUGAAACACUCUUAGAAAAUGUUUCACAUUGGCUUAAAGAAAAAGAAAACCGAGUCAGAGAAGAAGCGGCUAGUCUACUUGAUGUCAAUGAAAUUGAUAGUAAAAUUAUAGAAUUUGAAAAACUUAAUGAUGAAGUCAAAAACUACAACAGUGAAAUAAAUAAACUGGCUGAUAUUGGUGAAAAGGUCUUAUCUCGUAAUCCAGAUUCACGUAUAUCUCAGUUCAUUAAUCACUUAGAGGCGAGGUAUCAAACUGUCACCAAAUUUGUAGAUCACCAACUAAAUAGGCUGAAAGAUUUGAAAAACAACAAAGUUAAGUAUGACAAAUCAAUUGCAGAUUUUAAAGACUGGCUUAAAAAUACUAACUCUAAGAUUGCAGAGAUAGCAGCAAUGAGUAAACAUGCGAAACCCUCGGCUGCUGAUUUGGAACAAGUAAAAAAAUUAAAUGAAAACAAAGAAUUAGGUCAGAAAUUACUUAAUAGUGCCAUUGAAUCUGGUGAAGCUCUUUUUAGUGGUGUCAACCCAGAUGGUCGUGAGCAAAUUAGGAAUGAGUUAAGAUCACUAAGAGAUUCCUUUGAAAAUUCAGUAGACUCCUUGAAUAAUGUUAUUAAGGAUAUUGAAACUACAAUUAACAAGCGGUCUUCUUUUGACGAUACGUUUAAUCAAGUACAAAAAUGGAUUAGCGAAAAAGAAGCAGAAUUGGGAGAAUUUAAACUGUCACCAACUCUCCCAGAAAAGAAAGCUCAACUUCACGCUAGUAAAAUCUUACAUCAAGAAAUUGAAUUGCAUCAAUCAUUGCUAUCCCAGUUGUCUGAUAAAUUAAAACUUAUGCCAGACGAAGAAGCAGAAAAGAACCUCACAAAGAUCAUAGACAGAUAUAAAAACAUUUCAACAGAACUUAGCAAGAGGAUCUCAAUAUAUGAAUCUCACGUAGUGGAUCAUGAAAAAUACGUUCAAAUGUUUGAAGACAUCCGAGAUCGACUCAAUCAUGUUCUUGCUGACAACAGUUUAGUUAGUUACGCAGUUAUUUCUCAAAAAGAAGACGUAGAUUCAAAAAUUUUUGCGAUUGAAAAAGUUAUAUCAAAAUCGCAAGAAAUUGAUAAUGCAUUAGAAGGUUUGAAAACACAACUUCAUACUGUUCUAGAAACCACCAGUCCAAAUGGUCAUCCACUUCUUAUAAGCGAGUUUGAACAAUUAAAAACUACUUGGGAUCAGUUUACAAAACAAUGCAAAGAACACGAUAAAAAACUUAAAGAUACAUUAAAACAAUGGAAUGAAAGCCAAAAAACUUUAGAGGAACUUGAGGAAUGGCUCAAAGUGAAAGAAAAUCAACUUAGAGAUCAAAGUCUAAAAAGCAACCUAGAAGCUAAAGUAGCCCAUCUUCAAAAAGUAAAAGAAAUAAAAAGUGAGCUAGCUUCAAAAUCAGCUGACUUUGCUGCACUAACUGAUAAACAAAAUGUUAGUGGUGAUACGGAACUCAUUUCCAAAACUUCUAAAUUAGCAACAAGAUAUCACACUCUGAAUAAUCUUGUAAAUGAAAUUAUAUCUAAAUAUGAAGUGUUCGUAUCAGAACAUCAAGAAUUUGAAAAUGAAUAUGAUUCUAUGGAAAAAUGGCUCAUGGGAAUGCUGGGUGACCUGCAAGAUUUAAAUGAAAUCGUAGGUGAUUAUGCUGUUUUACAAGACAAACAAAAUAAAGCAAAAGAGCUUUAUGAAACCAGAAACAAGAAAACGCCUACGUUCGAGGAGUUCCUUAGUUUAGGUGAGAAACUUUACGCUCAUACUAGUCCUGAUGGUAGAGAAAUAAUACGUCAGAAAAUAAGAAAAAUAAGAACUUUAUGGGAUAGCUUCGGCGACAGCUUCCAAGAAACAGUUAAUAAGUUAGACCAAUGUCUUCUCCAAUUUUCUGAUUUUUCUUUGGCUCAAGAGCAAUUAACGAAAUGGUUAAAAGACGUUGAAAGGGCAAUGCAGCGGCAUACUGAAUUAAAAGCUUCUCUGGAGGAAAAGAAAGCACAAUUACAAAAUCAUAAAAUUAUGCAUCAAGAAAUUAUGACACACCAGCAAUUGGUGGAAUCCGUUUGUGACAAAGCGCAACAGCUUGUAGACCAAACUCAUGAUGCUUCUUUAAAUGUUUAUUUGCAAUCCAUUAAACAGCUAUUCCAAAACAUUGUCACGAAAUCUCAAAAUUUGCAAGAUAACUUGGAAGACUGUGUAAAAAGGCACGAAGAGCUUGUACACCUCAUUCAGCAGUACAAAGAUUGGCUUGGAUCACAAUCAGAAAAGUUGCUAGAUAUUGAAAAUGCAGUAGGGGAAAAGCCUGAAAUUACACGAAAACUUCAAUCUGCUCUAGCUUUGAAAGAUAUCGAAAAAACAGGUUCAAAUAAAUUGGAUGAAAUACGAGAAAUAUUUUCCGCUGUUAGCAAAAGUACAUCUGAAACUGGAAAUGCAGCUAUAAAAACAGAGAUUGAUAAUUUACAUCAACAAUUACGAAAAGCGGUUGAUAGUAUUGGAUCAUCUGAGCAAAAAUUGAAACAUACACUUGAUAUUUGGAAUAAAUUUGACACUUCUAUGGAAUCAAUAUCUGAAUGGCUUAAAGAUAUGGAAAAUAAAUGUCGUGAUCAAACACUUUGUUCAACAUUAGCAGAAAAAGAGGCUCAGUUGCAGAGGUUUAUAAAUCUUCGCAAUGAAAUUCACGCUAAGGAGAAGGAAAUAGAUGCAUUUGUUGAUGAAUCUCAUAGCCUUAUUUUGCUAAGUGGCGUAGAAAGACUAAAACCUCUUGUAACUCAAGUUAGCAGUCGUUACCAACAGCUUCACUUAAUAUCUAAAGAUAUAGUGAAUCAUUGGUCUGAAUUAGUUGCUGACCACAAAAAAUACGAUCAGCUUAGAAUUGAAUUUGAUACAUGGCUCAAGCCUCUAGAAGAGCAAUUAUCACAGAUGAUUACAAAAGAAGAUAAGAUGACAAUUGAAAGUAAAGGCAACAAAUUGCAAGUAUUUUUAUUAGAGCGAGAAAAUGGUGAACAUAAAGUAGGUAUAUUAAGUACGGCUGGUGACAAAGUUUUGCCUGAAACUGCUGCGAAUGGAAGGGAAAGUAUAAGGUCUGAGAUAAGAGAACUUAGAGAUCGAUGGGAUAAACUCAACGACAGCAUUUUACAACAGCAAAAAGAAUUUGAAUCUCAGACAUUGCAGUGGUCUAAUUAUCAAGAUGUAUUGCAACAGACGUUGUCUUGGUUAGAUGAAAAAGAAAAAAUUGUUGAAAGCGAAGAUAAAGCUGUAAUAAACUCAGCUCAAGAGAUCAAGUCCAGGUUACUUAAAAAUAAAACACUAUUGCAAGAAAUAUGUUCUCAUAAAAGAGUAAUCGAAACAGUCACAGAGAAAGCUAAAAGCGUUGCUGCUAGUAUUGCUUCUAGUAAAGGGGAAAGUGAUGAAAUGACUUUAUUAAUUCAAUCUAUUUGGGAUAGAUACAAUGCUCUUACAAAUAGAUUAUCGGCAGUCAUAGACAAACAUGAAGGAGCAUUUGAAGUAUACCAACAAUUCAAUGAUCAACAGAAGUCUCUUCAAGAUUAUCAAAAGCAUUUGUGGGAUCGUUUGCAUUCACUAUCAGAUUUUACAGGAAAUAAGGCAGCUUUGCAGAGUAAGCUUGUUAAAAUACAGGAACUUUUGGAUGCUGUCCCUACAGGCAACAAUAAGCUAAAAAUAUUGUUAGAUCUGAUUCAAAAUAACGCAACAAAAUUGUCACCUCGUGGGAAAGAAGCUAUGUCACGAGAACUAGGAUUGCUGAAAGCGGACUUAGAAAAAUUUACAGCGACAGUGCAUGACGUUAAAAGAGGUAUUGAAGAGAAAAUACAACAAUGGAUUGAAUUCGAUAGUGCAAAUGAUCGAUUGCAACAUUGGUUGAGUGACACAGAAAUGAGUUUAAAAACUUACACUCCUAAAGCAACUCUAGAGGAAAAGAUCGACCAACUAAAUAAAUAUCAGGAUUUGAGUAAAGCGAUUGAUAAUCACGAAUCUGAUCUGAGUGCAGUUAUUAACUUGGGCGAAGCCUUGGAUCAAGCUAUUUUGGCUAACUUAAAGAAAACGGAAAACGACGUGGAUAAACUUACUGAUGAGUUCAGUGAUCUGAUUGAAAACUGUAAUGACACUAGAAUUACAAUGAAUUUACAACAGUUGACAUCGCGUUUCCAAUCCGUACAUUCUACUGCUAAAGAAUUAGUCAAAAAAUGUCAACAAGCGGUUAAUGAUCAUAAUGCUUACCAAGAGAAGUAUAAUCAAAGUUUGGAUUGGAUUAAAACAGCUCAACACAAAUUUGAUGAGUGCCAAAAGAAUGCAUCUAUUACUCCGGAAGGAAUUAAUAGUAAACGUGAAGGCUUUAAUGAUUUACUAAGUCAAAGACGUAAUGCCACUCUUCUGGUAAAUAAUACUUCUGAAUUAGGUGAGAAACUAUAUCCAUCCACUUCGCCCGAGGGCAAAGAAAUGAUCGAACAACAACUUCAUGAUAUGCAACAAGCUGUUGAAAACCUAUAUGACAAUAUAACAAAAGCCGAAAGGGAUUUAGAUUCCGAACUCAACAAAUGGUCUUCAUUUGAGGAAAAUCUUAAAGCUGUUAAUGAAUGGAUGACUUUGGCUGAGAAAAAUCUUCCAAAAGAACUUGUAUUGAAAGCGACGUUAGAUGAAAAACGGAAUCAGCUAAGUGUAUACAGAAAUUACCUCCAAGAUGCUGUUGCACAUCAACACGAUAUCUCUGACUUAGAAAUUCGUGCACAAAGCUUGCCUGAUGUUAACAAAAAUAUUUCUAAAGAAUUGAACCAAUUGAAACAGAGACAUGAUAAUAUUCUCACUCGAGCGAAAUCCUUUGUAGAACAGUACGAAGCUAUCGUGAAUAACCAUCAACAGUAUAGUAAAGCUGUCAUGGACUUGCAGGAAUGGGUCGAAGCUACUCAUAACACAGCUCAACUAUGGGGUGAUGUUAACCUAGAAAGGGUGGCACUAAGCAGUAAUUGUGAAAAAUUAAAAUCACUGCAAAUCAGUUUACCCGAAGAAAAGAAUCGCAUAGAUAAAAUUAGAUCACUAGGGGAAAAAGUUUUACCAGGAACGGUAAGUCAUGGCCAAACUAAUAUAAGAAAUCAAAUUGAUGCUUCUCAUCAAGAGUGGGAAGGACUAAUAUCAUUCAUAAAUAAAACAAUAGAAUCUUUAGAAAACAAAAUUCAACAAUGGAAUGAAUAUGAAAAUAUGAAAGAUCAAUGCUUGACUUGGAUUAGAAAUACAGAUAACCAAAUACACGCAGUAGAUUUGAAAGCAACUUUGCCUGAAAAGCAGGAACAAUACAGUAAAUUUCAAGAGUUACAGGGCGAAGUUCGGGCGAAGGAACUUGAAAUUGAUAACAUUACUGAAAAAGCACAACAGCUGUAUUCUGGUGUACUAGGAUCUCGUGGUUCUCAAAUUUCUGAUUUAACAGUUAAAUACCAAACUUUGUCACAAAAAGUUAAAGAUUUGACUAAUAGAUGGCAGCAAUAUGUCAAGACGCAUCAAGAAUUUACUAGUAAUGUUGCAGAAUGUUCUCAAUGGAUAGAGGAGUUGAGAGAUAAGUUAGACUUUUGUGCAGACUUAAGCUCUUGCUCUCAAGAUGACUUAGAAACAAAGUUAGUGCUAAUUCAAAACUUACUACUUACUAAAGACGAAGGAUUCACUAAAGUACAGUCGUUAGUUGAACUUGCUCAGAAUGUUAUGGCGAAUACAGCUCCAGCUGGUCACGAAGCUAUCAAUAAUUCUUUGGUAGCUUUACAAGAGCAAUGGUCAGCUUUGUUAUCAAGAAUGAUAGAAACGAAGAAUAUUUUAGAUGAUUCUGUAACGAAAUGGGCUGGAUUCUUAGAACAAAUUCAAUUAAUCCAAAAAAGUAACAUUUGGCUUGAGAGUAUGUUAGCAGAGUUGACUCCUUUUGAGACGUCGAUGUCAGACAAGCGUGCACAGCUUGAAAAACUAAAAGAGGUAGAAGAAAAAGCGCGCUGUGAUCGUUUGGAAGUUGAAACAUUAAAAUCUAAGGCAGCGGAAAUGUUAGCUAGCGGACAACAAAACCAAGCAGCUUCUCAAGCGCAAGAAACUCUUAAUAAAUUCGAUUCUUCAUAUGAUAAAAUCAAAAAGUUGUUAGCUGAUCGUGAGGAACAAUAUAAAGACCACAGGUUGUAUAAAGAAGCUCACGAUGAAUUAAUUCAGUGGUUAGGUAGAGCAAGAGAAAAGGUUCCAUCUUUAAAAUCGAAACCAUUAAGUGACAAAUUAGCAAUUGAAAACUCAGUGGCUCCGCUUGAAGCUCUAAUAAACAAACAAGCACAAGGUGAAUUGUUACUAGAGCAUUUGCAACACACUGGACAAGUUGUACUAGCGAGUACUUCACCAGACGGACAGGCUAUAAUUAAAAAUGAAAUGAAAGCUCUUAAAGAAAGCUUUGACCAGUUGUUUAAUGAAAUAAAACAACAAAAGAGUCAAUUAGAAGAAACCGUCAGUCAGUGGCGAGAAUAUAAAGAUGAAUAUGAGAGGUUGUCAGAUUGGUUACAACAAAAAGAAAUUCUGAUCAAGAACCACAAACUUGCUUUACUUGGUACUGCUAAAGAGAAGGGAGGCCAAGUUAACGAAGUUCAGGAAAUAGUUGAUCAGUUACACAAGGGGAAGGCUGAUAUAGAUAAUUUUAAUGCCUCGGCGGCUGGUCUUCUUGCUUCCCAUUUGGAUACCUACGUUACCAACCAAUUAAGGCACUUAAACUCUAGAUAUCAAGUUUUAGUGAACAUGGCAAAUGAUGUCCUCAAAAAAGUAGAGACUAACUAUGAACAGCAUAAAAACUACGAUGAUAACUAUGAAAAAACAAAGAAAUGGAUAAAUGAUGCGUGGGAAAUCACUCGCAGUGGAAGUGACACAGGCAGUAAUAGCAGUAAGGAUGCUUUACAAAAACGUUUAAACCAAAUUGAAGACCUACUAAAACGCCGUGAAGAAGGCCAGAACCUCGUGCAUGCAACUGUAAAUAGUGGAGAAAAAGUUUUAAGAAAUACGAGAUCUGACGGCAAAGAUAGAAUUAACACAGAAUUAAAAGAGUUGCAAAGUGAAUGGGAACGGUUAGUUAAAAAGAUGACAACAGCAAAGGUACACCUGGAAACUGCUUUAUUGCAGUGGGCAGAUUAUAGUUCUAGUUACUCUCAGCUACAACAAUGGAUCUCCGACAGAGAAGCAAAACUUCAAGAAGUGUGUGAACUUAAAGUUGCCAAGUCAAAGAAGGGCCAAGAUCGUCUUGCGGGUCUUACUACAGGUCUUAGUCUUGGUGAAAGAAAGGCUACACUUCGUCAAACAAACAAUAUUGUACAAGAUAUCGUUUCGUUUGAACCCAUGAUUCAGUCUGUAACUUCUAAGGCUUCAGAACUUAUGCAACAAGCUCCGGCAUCUGAAAUUACAAGCAAAUACGAGAGUUUGUCAAAACAAGCAAAAGAUUUGUAUGAAAAGCAAAAGGAAACUGUAGAACAGCAUCAAGUAUUUAUUGAUGCUGGCACAGAUUUUGUCCAAUGGAUAAGAGCUGCUAAGGAAAAGUUAGGAAAGUGUUCUGAUGCAACUGGGGAUAAAGAAUCUUUAAGCAGUAAGAUAUCUCAGCUUAAAGUGCUUGAAAGUGAGUUACCAGAAGGGCAAGCAAAAUUACAAAAAGCACUGGAACAGGGAGAAAUAUCCUGUGCCCUUGCUGACGACGAAGAUAGAGAAGACAUUGAAGAAGAAGUGGCUCUGAUGCAAGAGGAAUACGAUACCUACGUAGAACAAUUGAACAACACUAAAGCACUAAUUGAGGGAGGUAUCGUGAAAUGGACAGAAUAUGAAGAGCAAUACAAAGAAGCCCUGGAUUGGUUGUCGAAGACUGAGAAGCUGGUGCAAUCCUUCAACAAAUUACAGAACAGCUUAGAACUAAAGAAAGUUGUUUUAGAAGAAUUCCAGGGACACCUCCAAACUCUAUUUGAUUGGCAAGGGGAGUUAGACAAGCUAAACAUGCGUGCACAAACAUUACUCGAAACAUGCUCGGAUACGAGAGUAUCUAAUGGUAUUACACAACUUACCACCAAAUAUAACGCACUCUUGUCGCUCGCUAAGGAGGUGAUGAAGAGACUGGAAUUGCAUUAUCAGGAACACCAGCAACAUAAUGCUUUAUACGGAGAAUGCCAAGAUUGGCUUGAUAGAACACGAGAGAAAUUAAACCAAUGCGCUGAAAUCCCAAAUACGCUUCAAGAAGUUAAUAGCAAAAUUAACACUGUGAAGCUUCUACGCCAAUCCUUAGAACAAGGCCAAAACAAACUAAGGUAUCUUUUAGAAUUGAAAGAAAAAGUUAUGAUGAAUACGGAACAAACUGGAGCGGCAAAAAUACAAGAAGACACAGAUAGCUUGAAGCAAGAAUUUGACAAAUUGAUCGCAGAUUUACAAGAUGUCCGCAAUAAAUUAACUAGCAGAGCAUCACAGUUUGAUGAUAUUUCGAAGAUUCAUAAAUUACUGGUAGAGUGGUUAGAUGACAUUGAUCAGAAAAUACAAUCUGACGACUCCCUUCUCGACGAUCUCUCAGAAAAGAAAGCUAAACUGGAAAAAUUCAAAACCUUCAAUCGGGAUAUUGACUCUCAUAAAGAUCUUGUCAAUAAACUAAAUGAAAAACUUCAAGAGGAUUCGUCUUUGAAAUCUAAAGAAAUUGACGAUACUCUGAAGCGAUAUGAUGACAUAAAGACAACUGUUAAUGAUAUGAUCAGCAAACUUGAGGACUACGUCAACACUCAUAUUCAAUAUAAAGAAUCUUAUGACAACUUCUAUGAUUGGGUCCGAAACUGUAAGAUUGAAAUCCAACAAUGUUCAGAUUCACAUGGCGCUAAAGAAGAUGUACAAAAAAAACUCAAGAGUGUUAACAAAAUUAUUAAUUCAUUGCCCAAAGGAGAGGCAUUGCUCCAAAAAGCCGUAAAACUAAGUGAAGCUGUUUUAGAAACUACAGGAAAUGAAGGAAAAGACAAUAUUAAUCAAGAAAUAAAACAAUUAAAGAUAGAAUGGGAAAACUUACAACAAAUUUGCAAGGAUACAAGGAAGUUAUUAGAGAAAUGCUUGGCUGCCUGGUCUGACUUUAUGGAAACUUUGGAUAAGAUGAACUCGUGGGUAAAGGACUUCGAUGGCAAGUUGAAUACUAUGCAGAAAGUGGACAAAAUAACACCAGAGUAUUUAGACAAGUGUCGCGAUCUGCUUGCUCAAGCCUUGGCUAAUAAACACGUCAUGGAAGAAUUAAAUGAUAGAUGUGAGAACUUAAUGGAGCUUAGUGCUUGUGCUUGGGUUCGUGAUAAGACAGUGAACUUACAAACAGAAUACACAUCUCUUCUAACUAAGAUACAAGGUCUAGUCUCCAAUGGAGAGAAAAAUCUAUCGGACCACACAGAAUUUAUUAAAGCAAAGGAAGAACUUCAAAAAUGGCUAGAAACAGCACAUGGAACAGUACAUGACUCAAUUGGCGUUGGUGAUAUUGAUACUACGAAAGACAAAUUAGAAACAAUCCAACUUGUCACCAACAGGAUGACUGAAGGUCAUCACUUACUUUUGAUUUUACAAGAGGCCUUCAAAAAGGCUUUAAACAACACUCCUCCAGAAGAGCAAGACGGCUUACGAAAUGACGUUAAAGUCCUUCAAGAAAGUUGGGAUCAACUAAAAAUAGAUCUUAACUCAAUAACGGCUCAACUAAAGGCGGCAAUAGGAAAAUGGGAGGACUUUGAAGACUCAAAGAAUAAAAUGAACCAAUGGAUAAAAGAUACAGAACAAAAUCUAGAUAAGGUACCUCUAACUGGUGGCGAACUUGGUGAAAUGAAGACUUUACUUGAGAAAUACAAACACAUUGACGAUGAAAUUGCUAACAAAUCACCUGAACUACAGCGUCUUAAGUGUGAAUCUAACGAGCUAAGCAGUUGGGCGAGAAAACCAGCUGUAAAAGAUGGUGUGAAAAAUAUAGAAAAGAAAAUAGACGCGUUAAAGGCCAAAUGUGCAGCAAAGAAAGCAGAACUUGAGUCUGAAAUUAAGCAUUACAACCAAUAUCAUCAAUCGCUACAAGAUACAGAGAAAUGGCUAUUACAAAUUUCAUUCCAACUCAUGGCGCAUAAUUCUUUGUAUAUUGCAAAUCGUGAACAGACAGAAGAGCAGUUAGCUCAGCAUGCUGUUCUGCUGGAUGAUAUUCAGAAAUACCAGUCAACUUUGGAUGAUUUGGAAGCAAAGGGGCGUGCCCAAAUUGAACGAUAUGAAGCUACGACGCCAUCGAUUCGUGAUACUGUUGGCAAACAACUUAAAAAUGUUAGCGAUAGUCAUAAAAGUUUGCUAGCAACAGCAUUGCAAAUUGAACGACGGCUAAGGGAAGGACUUGCGAAAUUCAAGGAAUAUGAAGACACUCUGGAAAGUAUACUGAAUAAUUUAGACGACUGCGAGCCAGCGAUCACUGAAUUAGAUGUGCCUGUCGAUGGUCUUUCUCAUGGUCGGGACUUACUUGAUAAAGCUAGGGCACUGCAUAACCGUCUUCAAACCGAGAAGAGUCGCCUCUCCGCAGCAGUGGCAGCGUGUUCCGCAGCAGCUGCCUCUGUGUCGCGACCCUCGUCCCCCGCAGACACCGCGCCCCUCCCCGUGCCUCCUCGUGAGUUGCACGUGCGAGCUAGACUAGAGGAUCUCAUUGACCAGAAACAUGUAAGCGAAGUAGGCAGCGCGAGACUUGACGCCUUAAUAAAGACACUCGAAGCACCUGAGUUCAGCCAGAAAUUCGUGGCUUUUGAGAAAAGGGUACAAAGUCACCUUGAAACGUUACGGGAUGCUGUGAGUGGUAUGGAGGAAGCAAUGAAACAAGUGACAGAAAUACAGGAAUGGAUAAAUGUUCACAAUGCCUUAGCGCACGAUUGGCUCUCCAAUCCAUCAAAACUGCGUCCCGAAGCUGCUAAACAAGACAUGGCGGCAAUGAAUGACGCUCUUGCGUCUUUGGCUGAAAUGAGGAAUAGAUUACUUACCGAGAUACCUACUGAAGGUCUAGAAGAUGAAAUAAAUCUUGAAGAAGAUCUAAAUGAGCUAGAACAGAUGAUACUUAAGGCUAUAGAAAGAGAGAAGGGUAAUCAAGCUAUCAUCGAUAACUUCAGGCACAAAUGUCAAGAAAUUCACGAUUGGUUUGAUUCCGUGCUUAAGAAAAUGUGCUUGGCUGAUAAAGGAUCUGGAUUACCUUGCCCGCAGAAAUUAAAUGCGCUGAAAGAGUUGUCAUCAGAGUUUGGCCAAGUGGGUAAAGAAAAAGUUGAUAGUAUUAAAAAGGUGGGAAGUGAAGUCAUCAACAUUGUAAGCAAUCUGGAGUCGCAGCAAGUGGAAGAACAAAUGAAAUCUGUGGAAAGAAGAUACAACGAUAUCGCUAAGCGUAUUCAACGUAAACUACAAAUGCUGGAAAUUACAUAUAAAGCAAUUGAUGGCACGAAAAGUGAAGUCGCUGCUCAAAAUGAAUGGAUGCAGAAAGAGAUAGACAAUAUUCUACAUCCUGAACCUCUUGGGUAUGACAGUAAGUCAGUUAAAGAAAGACAAAAGAGGGCGGCCAAUUUGCUCAAAGAGACUGAUGGUAAGAAAACUGUGAUCGAUUCAUUAGAAAAGAAGGUAAGCAAUAUCCAAUCUGAACUUGAACCUUCGGAACAAAUGCAGUUAGAGUCCGAGCUAUCUGAACUAGCAUCCAAGCAAAAACAACUUGCUUCACUUAUUAAGCAAGAGAUUGAAAGGUUAGGUGGCUGUUCUGAAAUAAGGAAAAAAUUAGAGAAUGACAUCGAAAAGGCUAAGAACUGGCUAAAGGCUAAGCUAGCUGAAAUUAAGAAACUAGGAGGACCUGUUCCAUUAGAAGUAGCUAAAGUAGAAAAAGAAAUCGCAAUACAUAAAAAACAUCAGACUGAACUAUUAGAUUUCCACAAUGACUCUCUUACUGAAGUUAUGCGCCAAGGUAACACUGUAUCUAAAGACUGUUCAAGUGAAACUAGGGCUAAAUUACAAGCUAUAUUAGAUGACUUAAAUAAAUCUUACACGUCUGCUAAAAUAGAUAUUGAUGAAAAACUCGCUGCAUUAAACAAACUUCUACAAGGUAGAAACGAGUUUGAAGCAGACGUUGCUAAGAUUCAGAGUUGGUUGAAUGAAGCUGAAGUAGCAGCCACGCCAGAGUUACGCACAUCAUCUCUCCAACUAUUGGAAGAACAGCUAGCCAAGUUCGAAAAACUUAGCAAAGAAGCUGAUGAUGUAGAAAAGAAUAUUAACAAAAUUAAAGACAAAUCGAAAGACAUUAUGGAUACCUUAUCUGAUUCGAAUAAGUUGCAACUUAAAGAACAAGUCAAUGUUCUAUCUGAUAGAUUUGCUAGAAUCAAAGCUGUUAUAAACGAUAAAAAGAAUAUUUUACAAAAACAUAUCAAAGAAUAUAAGGAUGCAGUUGCUAAGAUAGCUGCUGCCUUAGAAUUCUUAAAUGAAAUUCAAAAUAAACUCAAAGCAUUAAAUAAACCUAUAGGUAGUAAAGUUGAAGAUGUUUUGCCUAUAAUACAGGCCUAUGAAUCUAUCUUAGAUGACCUAAAGAAGAACAAGGCAAUGCUUAAUGAAUUACAAGGUGGCAACGUUCAUGAUUUACAGGAUAUUUUGUCUAAGCAAGAUGAAUUAAUGACUACCAUCGAAGACCAAAUAUCUAAAUUGAAACAACUUCUGCUGUUGCGUGAGCAAUUCUUUGCUCUUGUUAAAGAAAUUGAAGAUUUUAUAUCUAAAUACACAGAUCUCACUUCCGAAAUUGAAAAGUCAAACGAUUCCCUAGAAGAUAAAAUUAAACGUUAUGACGAUAUAAUCCUCAAAAUUCAAGGCUGUGAAGCUUUACUUGCAACUGCAACUGAUAAAGGUCAACAGAUUGCUGCAGAAGGUACUGUCAUUGAUAGAAACAAUAUUACUGAACUACUGCAAUCUCUAAAACAACAAUUAUUGACACUGAGAAGAACUGUCGAAGCUAAGCGUCAAGAAAAUGAAAGAGCUGCUGCAGAACAUAAGAAGCUUGCAGCGGAUCUUUCUGAAAUUCUUCAAUGGCUCCACGACAAUGAAGCUGCAGUUCAUUCACGACCACUUCUAAACAGAGAUGUUGCCAGCGUUGACAAGAAACUUAUAGAGCACGCUACACUUGCAAAGAACGUUCAGUCGUACUUGGAAAAAUUAACAAAAAUUAUGGAUAUUAUUAAAAAUGAUGAUGGUGUCCCUGGCUCAUUAUUAGAAAUGGUAUCAGAUGGAAAUUCUCUCAAAACCUCAUUACCCGUUGAGUUAGGAAACAGAGAAAAACAUUUGCAAGACAAUAAAAAAUAUAGACAACAGUAUCAACAAAUGGUUGAGAAAUUAAAUAUUUGGGUAAAUGAAGCGGGAAUAAGGCUAGGAAUGGGUAAAACUGGUACUGAUUUCGAAAAUAUUGAGGCUGACUUGGAAGAACAUAAGACAUUCUUCAACACAUCUGAACCAGAAAUGAAAGACUUGGUUGGCAAGCGAAUGCAGGAUACAGUGGACAAAAUCUGGCCAUCUCUUACUGCUUCGGAACAAGAAGAGUUGUCUAAAGAGCAUCAAAAACACAACCAACUCCUGAAGAACACUCUUAAUUCUGCGAAAUCGAGACAGGCGCAGUUAGAACAAGAUCUGGAAAUAUGGAAGGACUUCUGCCAACUUGUGGACAAAAUAAAGGCGAUUUUGGACAAGAAUGACAUAGAACGGGAACCUGUGACGUCAGUGGAAGCUCUUCGCAUGUAUGCUGAGAAGCUAGACCACGCCCAGAAAGACUUAGAGAAUCAGCAGCCACUCCUGGACGUGGUUCGGGAGAGGGCGAGGGUGCUCUGCAGCGGCGCCGAUGCGGCGAGUGGCGAGCGCGUCGAGCACAGGACGAGGGACCUGGUCGCUGACUGGAAUGUAGCUUUGGAAGGUCUAGCAGAGCGCGCAGUAGAGGCGGACAGCCAGCUCCAACGUUGGAACCAACUGUUGGACACACAGAGAAGCCUUGGCUCAGCGGUCACAGCUAUUGGCGACCGCUUGCGUCAACUGGACACCAAUCCGUCAACGCGAAGACGUGCGUUGGACACAAGGCAUGCCCUACAGGAACUGCAGAGUGAAGUGUCAGGCCUGGAAGAGACGAAAGACGAUCUGCUGGAGCACGCGGACUUCGUCGUAUCUCUGCUCAAGCCUAACUCCAAGGAGGCCGCUGCUGAUACUGAGAAGAACGUCAAGGAAUUAGUAGAGGCUUAUGAGAAAUUGCGACAGACGCUCGCGGCGAGACUAGCGGAGAUAGACGAAAUAGUUUCGGAGUUCGAUCGCGUGUCGGAGAAGAUCGAAGAGCUCCGGCAGCAGAUCGAAGUGUACAUCGCCAAGGUCGGGACCUUCUACGUGUUCGGGGAGAACGACGAAGAAGGCGUACGCCGGCUGGCCGAGCAGGUGUCGGAUCUCGCGCAGCGAACGAAGACCUUCGCCGAGGAGAGUCGGCGGCGCUACGGCGGCUCGGCGCCCGCGGACGUGGCGCAGGAGCUGUCGGCGCUAGAGCUCUCGGCGGAGGCGCUGGCCGCGGCCAUGGAGGAGAAGGAGCGGGAGUGGAAGCGCGCGCGCACCGCCCGCGGCGACUACGCGGCGGACGUGGAGAGCGUGCAGGCGUGGGUGCGCGCCGCGGAGCACACGGCGCGCGACCGCACGCUACCGCCGGAGCCCUACCGCGAGCGGCUCGUGGCCACGCGCGCCGAGAUCCCCGGCGUGGCCGACCGCGUGGAGCGCCUCACGCGCAACGCACGCGCCAUCGUGGAAGGCAGCCGGGACUCCGGCGAGCGGCAGCUCAUCCAGUCCACGGUGUCGGCGCUGACGGAGCAGUUCUCGGCGGUGUGCAGCGAGCUGGAGGCGCGCCAGGCGGCCGUGGAGGACGCGUGCGACGCCGUGGCGCGGUUCUCAUCGCUGCUGGAAAAAGUACUGCUGUGGGUGGAGACACAACGCGCCUUCCUCGCGCGGCCGCUGCCCCUCGCCGACCUGCAGGAGGCGCAACAGAAACAGACUGAAUACGGGAAUGCUCUCAAGAGUUGUAAGCAGCAAGCUAAAAAUUUAGCAGACAUGGCCAAGGAGCUGGAAGCGAUAGAGCGCGUCACGAGUCCCGGGGACCUUCCUUCGAGACUCGAGGCCGCCGAGAAUGCCACCGUCGACGUCGAGAAACGUUUGGCGAAAACGAACGGCUUACUACAAGAAUUGGCAGAGGAAUGGGAGCGAUGCGAGAAGAAGUUGAAGGACGUCGGCCACUGGCUCGAGGCCACGGCGCGGACGCUGGAGGCGCCCCAGAACGCGAAGAAGCCGCUGAGGGACAGACUGGCGCUGAGAGAGAAAUUGAUCAACGAUAUUUCCACGCAGAAAACGAAGAUUUCGUACGCGGUCGAGAAGCUCAACGUACACUUCGGGCCCGACGGCGUGGCGGCGCAGUCGCGCUCGCCCGAGGGCGUGCAGGCGGCAGCGCGCGCGCUACACGCGGCGCUGGACGCGCUAGCGGCGCAGACGGGCGCGCAGGCCACGCAGCUGGCGGCCGCGCUGGCGCAGGUGGAGGCGUACUGCGCGGACGUGGCGCGGCUGCGCGCGCAGCUGCUGCAGGCCGAGCAGCAGCUGCGCCGCGCCGCUCAGCCCAACUACAGCCCGCGCGACCCAGAGCGCGCCGCGCAGCACCAGCAGGAGGUCGUGCGGCGUAUCGAAGAGCUGACGCGCAGCAUCUACGAGCUCGACCCGUACUUCGGCGCGCCCGGCGAGGAAGACCCGGCCGCCACUCUGGCCAUGCUCGUGUCGAGCGGCGACCGCGCGCGCGCCAGCCGGCGCCCGCGCACGCCCGAGCGGCGCGCGCUGGCCGUGCCCGUCACGCGCACGGCGCGCGCGCGCUCCCCCGCCUGGCUGCCAGGUGGCACCACCUACGCCGAGAUAGUCAAGGGCGCCGGCUCGCGCUCCGCCUCGCCGGCCGAGCGCCCCGAGAGCGCCCAGAUGCUCCCGAUGCACAGAAUGCCUCACGAGCGCGAGCCAAGGGAACGAUCCUGCUCCAGAGACGCUACGCCGGAAGACACGUAUCCGAGUGAAACGAUCAGUGUGGUGCGACCGGUCGACGAACCGGUCGAAUGCAGUGAGCCAGUGCAAGGCUUUAGUGAAAUCGUAUGCGAAAUAAGUGAGAGUGAUGCGUUUGUGACCGACGCUGAUGUUUAUUAUGAAACUGAUACUCGUGAAAUGUCUGAAUAUUAUAUGCAACCAGCGAAUGAAUAUGGAGAAAGUGAAACCAAAUCGAUGCCUCCUGAGAUCGAGGAGAUUCAGUCCCAAAUCGAAGAAGAUUUAGACCUCCAAGAGAGUUGUGAUAGAUCAGUGAGCCCAGCGACGAAAUGUCGAUCUCAAGAUCUGUCGUAUGCAGAAAUACUCGCUCUCGGCUUACGUAAACAAGCAAAGACGCAAAGUGUAACAUCCUUACCAAAACCGCAAGUGGCACAAGUCGAAAUGGUUAAAGAAAUCGUGGUUGAAGUGGAAAAAUCUCCGCCGAUGCAAUACGAACCAAAAACUCAACCAAUAGAUUCAACUAAAUUAAAAACUGAUAGACAAGAAAGGCCGUCUCAACGCAGUCGAUCGAGGGAUAUGCCCAGACAGCGAAGAGCUCCGGACAAGCGUCCGACAAAGACACAUGAUAUACAAAUGUCUAAGAAGAAGAAAAUUUCUAAAAAAGUUAUUGAGGUUCAAGAUUUUGAGGAUAAUGUUGAACUGAUAGAAGAAGAAAAAAUACCUGCGCUUGCUUCACCAAUGAAAAUAAAGGAAAUUAGUCCUACGGUAGUUGUGACUAAAGAGAAAGAAGGCACUGAGGUUCAAAAUAUGAGUCCAACUAUACAAAAUAUUUCAGAAAUCGAGACGCCAAUUAAAGAAAAUACAGCAGAAGUUGAACAGAAAAAAAAUAAGAAAAAGCAUAAAGCAAAAAAAAGUAAAGAUGCAGAAGACGAAAUCGAGAAAGCUAUCAAAGAAAUUGAAGAAUCUGAUAAACAAAAAAAGAGAAAAGUUAAAGAAAUUCGAGACAAAAGCAAAGAUAGUACUUCAGAAUUAAGAGGUAUAAUGCCCACAGCCAAUAUAAUUGAUUCAAAACCAGAGUCGAAAGAAAAUGAUGGGUCUACUUGUAGUAAAAGUAAAAAAAAGAAAUCACAUAAAACCCCACAGGAUAAGACAGCAAAAUCUGCUUCUGAAUUUACAGUAGAUAAAUUAUCUGUAAAAGCAGAUGUGUCUACAAUAGUAUCUCUUGAAAAUCUAAUAUCACCUGACGAGGAGAGCCUUCUUCAAUAUGAAAACUCAAAACAAGAGCCCAUCGGGCUACUUACACCUGAAACAAUUAACGUUGUAGGUUUUACUGACACUGUGGUAGAAGAAGACUUAAGCCAUACAGAAAGUUGGACUAAAUCCGCACCCAAAGAAAUAAUGUCUGAUGACUUACUGCUUAAAACGACUUCAGUAUGUGAGGCAAAUAUUAAAAAAACAAAUAUUUUAUCGACUAAAAUCACAGAACAGGAAAAAAUUGAAAAACAUAAGAAAAAACAAAAACAGAAGAAACAAGAUUCCACUCAACUUUUACUUAUUGAUGACGAAAGUGCCAAUCUAAAUAUAUUAACACAAGAGGUUAACUUGACAAAACCUACGUCUGUAAUACGUGACUCUGAUGGAGCACAGUUCGAUAAGUCUGAUAUAAAUGAUGAUAAAAUUAAUUUAAAAGUUGGACCACAGGAGAAAGUUGUAAGUCAUACGAAAGUAGAAAGUAAAAAUGAAUGUGAAAAGAAAGUAAAGUCAAAGAAAAUCGACACAAAAGGUAGACAAUUACCAGAAAAAAGUAAUAUGGAUACUAAUAUACCAGAAGCUACAUACAUACAAGAUAGUCCAUAUAAAGAAGCUAAAUCUCAUAAAAAGAAAUCAAAAAGUAAGAAAGUCAAAUGUGCUAUAGAGGACGAUAUAGACAGAGCCUUAAAAGAAAUUGAAAAGAGUGACAAAAACAAGCGAAAAACUAAGGACAAAACUCUUGAAAGUAAAGAUGAACACGAUGAGGAACAUGGAAUUGAUUCUAAAGUACACAAAUCCACAGUAGAGCAUAAAAGCGAACAAAAUAUUCCAGAUACUGUCAAAACUAGUAUUAUCACCAUGGAUUGGAAUGCUUUGAUGGCAGAAGAAGAUACAGAAACCAAUUUUGAACCAAUCACAGAACCAGUGGAAGAAUCUAAAAUUAGUGAUAAUUCAGAGCAAAUUGCUUCUGAAGUAACGAUCUUAUCAGAGGUACCUCUGAUACCUGUUAUACUAAAAGAUAAUAAAAAUAGUGUGAAUCUAAAAAAUCCUGUAGAAAAAAAAAUUGAACUAGAAACUACUAUCAGCUCUGUAGUAGAAAUGUGUCCACCACAAACAAGUACACUUCAAACAGAAAACCCCCAAGCAUUGGGUUCUAUAAAUGAACAGAAUAAUAAUGAUAAAUUCUUUAUUACUGGUUCUUAUAAAGAACGUGAAGUUAGCGUUGUAGAAGAAAUUACUCAAUAUGCACCAAUAGAACACGUUCCAGAAACCCGAACCAUUUAUCUAAUAACACAUGAAGAGAAAAAGCUUCCUCCUAUUAGAACUGUUAAAAUCUUUAGUAGUAAAAGUAAUUCACUAGAAGAUUCAUCACAUGAAGAAAAUACAACAUCGGCCACUGAAGAUGCUGACAACGCUACUUGUAGUGUGAUUGACCCCGAAGUUACAAAAAAAGAAAUAGAAAGUGAAAAUAUAAAUAUUGUGGAAAUGGUUGUUCAGAGUGGAGAAGUUCAAGCAAGUAACAUAGAUGAAGAAAAUGUUGUGUUUUCUGAUUCCAAACCUAUAAUCGAAGAAAUUCGUAGAAACAUUGUAGAAAAGAAUAACUCAGAGAAAAAAGAAAUUGAACCAGAAGAUACAAAUAUUGUGAAAAUGGUCGUUCAGAGGGAAGAAGUUAAAGCAAGUAGCACAGAUAAAGAAAAUGUGUUUUCUGAUUCCAAACCUGUAAUAGAAGAGAUUUGCCGAGAGAUUAUUAUGGAAAAGAGUAAUUCAGAUAAAGAAAUAAAUUUACUACAGGAAAUGAAAGACCGAUCACGAGAUCUUCAAAUUGUUUCUCAGAGUAUUUCCAUCAUAAAAGACUCUAAUGAUAUGAGUCAAGAAGAACCGAAUACUGAAGAUAAAAUUGAUGAUUUACCUGUUCUGUCUGAAUCUAAAGAAAGUGAAGGUGAUGAAGAAAUUCUUGAGCAAGCUAUAUUCGGAUCUGUUCAGAAAAGAAAAAGACUAGUAGAAAGAUAUAAACCUAUUCCUUACAAAGAACUUGCUGAUGAGGUUAAGACUUAUUCAAUUGGGCUCGAUUUUCAACAACUAGAUUACGAAUAUUGUAAAUUGAUAUUAAGUAAUCGCGUAAAUUCUAUGAAGAUCAAAUUGGAAAAAAAUAAAUCUGAAGAUCCUGAAAUACAACUAGAUUCGAUUGAGAUGAUUCAUGAACAAGAUUUACCUCUGAGCAGAGCUGAAGGUGCAAGCUCUACUUCUAUACGUGGAACCGACAAUAUAUCUUCGAAGAAAAAUCUACAGUUAUCUAUUAUUUCAAAAGAAAUUCAAGAAUCAGAAAAAGAUAUUAUCUUGGAUUUUUCGAAUGAAAAUGACGUAAACGUCGUAGAUGAAGCUAAUAGUAUUAAUUAUCAAGAUAUAAUUGAUGCUGAAUAUAAGUUUGCUCAUUUAAAAACUUCAGAAUCUAUAAAAGACCCCAUUGUGCAAGAAAAUAUAUUACAGGAUAGCUUAGAUGCAGAAAAUAUCGAUUUUGUUGCUGAACAAAAUUACCAAAAUACAUCAGAUUUUAUCAAUAAUGAAAGAACAGGUUUAAAAAUAACUGAGUUAUCAAAUUCUGAAGGAAUCAGCAAUACCGAAGACCGACAUAACACAAAACAUAAUGUAUGCAAUGAAAAUCUUAGCUAUAGUUAUCAAGAACUAGCAGCUGCUGAAAAUAUUUUAGGUACUUUAAAAUCUGCGAAAUUAAAUAAUACAAGUGAAAUUUUAAAAUCUAAAAUGGGCAACGAAAAUGAGAUUCCCGAUUAUACAUUACAAGAUGCGACUCAUGGAGAGAGAAAAGAAGUUGAGAAAGAAAAAACAUUACAAAUGUUCAGCUUUGAACCCACUCAAUACAGCUAUCAGCAGAUUUCAGAUGCAGAAUGCUUAUUUGGUUUAAGUAAAUAUCAACGAAAAACUGAAAUCAAAGACGCAAUACCUGAAAUUAAAUCAAAUAGAGAAGAAAUCUUAGAACAAUGUAUAAAUGUGUCAAAUUUAAUUUCUGAUCUAACAUCUAACGCUGAUAUUACUAGUAAUGUUUCACAAUCUUUAGAAGAAACUGAUACAAAAGAAAGCAAUAUCGAUAAUAAUAAGGGAAAGCAUACAAACCAUCAAAAUAUAUACGAUCAACUUCCUUCUCAGAAUUAUCAAGAUAUAAAAGAUGCAGAUAUCCUGUUUGCUACUAUUCGAUCAGAAUCGAGUAAGAACAAUGAAGAAGAUAUUACGGAAUCUGGAGUAACAUGGCCAGUACUUUCAAGUACUCAGUCAGAUGAUCAAACUUCAUCAUGUGUCAACAACGAUGAUAACGUUAUAAACUAUUCAGAAAAUAUAUCAAAAAAUGAAUACGAAGAAGAAACUACACAUGAGAACUUUACGUCAUCUCAAGAGAUAACAUCUAGGAAUAAAGACAUUCUUAUUGAAAAACCAAGAUUUAGUUACAAUGAGAUAGACGAUGCUGAAAAGUUGCUCAUAUCUUCGCGUUCCAAAACGAUUUUACCUAAAUCUCAAAUGACUAACGAAUCCAGUUUAUCUCAAAAAGAAGUUACAGUGAGUAAAGAAACCUCAGAAAAUAGUGUAUACCCAAAAUCAAAUAAUAAAAAUCCUAUUUUCGAAAUACCACUUUACACUUAUCAUCAAGUCAGCGAUGCAGAGAAACUUUAUGCAUCUUUUGUAAGCAGCAAUAAUACAAAAAUUAUGGAAAAAUCACUCAUUGAUAAUACCAAUAGUAAUACAACAGAGGUAUCUGCUGAUCAAACAGAGAACAUUUCAAACAGAACCGAAAAUAUUUUGGAAGACGUUUCAAAAGAUUUUCCGCACCAGGAAAUCGAUGAUUCAGAACCUACAAGUGCCAAAGAUACUCUAUUAGAUAUUUCAGACCAGGAAAAAGUAGUGUCUCAGCUGAAAAUAGAACAUACUAUUACUCUCAUUGAUCACUGCAUCGUCAAGUCUGUGGAAAAACUUGACGAUAAAAUUGUAAAUGAAAAUAUCGAUCCAGAAAAAGCGGUCACAUGUGAAAUCCCAUCUGUUUUAAGAUUAGACGAUAUUAAUGAAUCACUUGUGCCCAUUGUAUUUAGUAGUUCUAUGAAAAAUGAAGAAGCAUCGUUAAAACAACAAACUGAAAAAUGUCCAACUGCAGAAUCUCUUGUGGAUGAACCAUUCUCAAUAAAAGACGAUGAUGAUGAAUUUGUAUUGAUUGAAUGUGAUAAAACAAAAUCAGGUUCAUUUAUAACAACAUACGACGAUGAUUUUGUGGAAGAUGCAAUAAAGUUAAUUGAUGAAACAAUUGAAGAUGUCACGCACACAUCUAUAAAUAGGGAUGUUGAACAAGAUAAAAUAGUUGUAGUUUCUGAAACUUCUCAAUCUAUUAAUGUAUCUGCAGAUCAAAGUACAAAUGCCCCUCAAAACAUCCAUGAUUCAGAUUUAGAAACAGAUUUUGAAAUAAUUCCUGUAACCUCAGCAUUACUACUGGAAGAACAUUUGCAACAAAGUUCUGAAAAUGUUGAGUUCUUAGAUGAACCUGAUUCUGCUUCGUCAGCACUUAUAAAUAAUGAAAGUGUUAAAUUAUCUGAAUCUACGCCAGAAAUUUCACAACCUAUUGAUACGCAUAAACGUCUUACUGAGAUGAUAAGUACGGAUCCUAAUCUACCGGAGCCAAAUAAAUUUACUUUAGAAAGUAUUAACGCUGAAAAUGAAACCGUUACUAACAAAGAUUUUAAUGCAACUGACGCAGAUGCUAACACAACGCGCCCUGAAAAAUCGCCCAUACAUAGUUUGCAUGAUCUCCUUCCCGAAAUUGAUUCCAUUCCUGAAUUCAAACCUUCAUUUACAAAUACAGUUUUGUACUCUAAUCUAUCAGCUGAUGCACCUGAAUUUAGACCAUCUUAUAUGUAUAAAUCUAUUGAAAUAGCUCAGAGUGACGGUACGUUACCUGCUUGUGUAAAUGCCAAACAAGAAAAUUGUAAAGAAAAGGAAGAGACACAAACUGGGCCCGAUGAGGUUUUAAAGAGUGUAGCUAAAUCAGAGUCUCUAUCACCAAUAGAAGAUAUAACGGGCCUACCAUCUUAUUCGUCAGUAUUGACAAAAAGCAAAAAGCAACAAAAAGAAUCCCAGGAUCAAGCAGUAGAAAAUAUCGAUUCUAAUACUAAGCAUGAUAUAGAGGUUUGUCAAGGCGAUCAAAAAGAGCCAAAAUCAAAGAAAACCAAAAAGAAGAAAAAAGAUCAAGACAAAAAGAAUACAGCCAUUACAAAUAUUCCUAGCAAAGAGUGUAUUAUGUCUGAUAUUCCGCACGAAGAAAAUAUUUGGGCUAAGAUGGCUGAUGAUGGAAAGUCCUAUGCUGAUGUUCUUGCUGAGGGUUUACUAUCAAUAGAUGAAAACCCAUCUGAAACAGUGCAUACAGUCAAAAAAUUGGAUGAUAACGAGCAAAGAAUAACCAUAACUAUUCGCGAUCAACUAAAAGAAUGUGAUGACAUUCAAAGUUCGUGGGCUACAAUUGUAGAAGAAAGUACUCAUCAGCAUAAACCUCCGGUUAUAUUAGUGGCUGAAUCAGACAAUGAUAAUCAAAACGUGGGUGUUCAAAUUGAUGCUGAUGGGUUUAUAACAGUAGACAGACACCGGAGAUCUAGAUCAAGGUCUAGAUCCCGAGAUACUCGAUCCAUGUCAGCGUCAACACCUACGUCACUGCCACGGGAUAAAUCUGAAAACAAAUUUGAUGCUUUAGCAAAAACUUUGAAACCGGAAUAUGAAUCUGUUGAAAGCACACCGUCUAAAUCAGAAAAAGAUAAAACCAAAAAGAGCAAAAAGAAUCGUUCUUCUAAGUCACGAGAAAAAGAAAUGACGUCUCAACCAAUACCUUUUACUCAAAGUACUUCGGAUGAAGAAAAACAGCCCAUUAAAAAAGAUAAAAAGAAAAAAUCUAAAGCAAAAGAUAACGCAAACAAAGCUAUCGAGAGUACAUUUAUUCAAGAAGUAGAAGAACAAAAACCUUCAGAAAAGAAAGAUAUAAUACAAGAGCCACGAGAAUCUUCAAACCAAAAAAAGAAAAAGAAGAGAGAUAAGAAAAAUGAAACAAAAUUUGUCGAUAUUUCAGAUACUACUUCCUCAAAAGAUGUAACUUCGUUAGAACAAGAAAGUUCAGAAUUUGCACCUGAGUCCUUAAAAAUAGUAAGAACGCCAAUGUCAACACCGGAAUCACUACAAACGCCGGUCAAAGAUAGAUUUUAUGCCGAAGCUCAAUAUUGGAAAAUUGAUCCAUCUGGAUUAGACGACUUAAUAAAUCAAACUGAAGUUUUAACUGUUGAAUUAGUGGAUGAUGCUGAUACCAAAGAAUCAAAAUCUUCUUUGGAGGAAGUUCAUGUAGAUCACAAACAAACUAUUAUUGACGUAUUAAAUGUUGAAAAACAAAAUCCAAGUAAAGAAAUUGAAGCUUUUCGAAUCAAGGAUGAUAAAAUAUCAGAGGAACAAUCGCUUGAAAGUAAAAUGGCAGAUUUACAGAGAGAAAUUGAAGAAAUGUUAUUACCUGAAAAUGAUAAGUCCGGCACAAGUGACGAAAUAUCCAUGGAGCUAGCCGAGACAAAUGUAUCUUUUGAAGAUGAUGAAUUGUUUGAUAACAUGAGCCCUUUACUUGCGUCGCCUGAGCCUGAUGAGGCUAAUGAGCUAACCAAGACAAAUGUUUUUAUCAAAAAAGUUGUACCUGUUGAUGAUGAAAAUCGUUUGAAUGAGUCUAAACUAUCAUCACCACAUAAGUCUGAUGAAAUCACUGAAGCCAAUGUUUCUACUGAACUAGGUGUAGUAGAAGAUUAUGAAAUGUUUGGUGAUGAUGAUGAUUAUGAGGCUAACGAGCUAGCUAAGACAAAUGUUUUUGUCAAAGAUAUUGUAUCAGUUGAUGCAGAAAAUCCUCUGAAUGAGUCCAAACUAUCAUCACCACUCAAGUCUGAUGAAAUUGUCGAAGCUAUUGUUUCUACUGUAGUAGGUGUAGUAGAAGAUGAUGAAAUAUUUGGUAGUAUGAGUCCUUUGCUUGCAUCGCCUGAACUCGAUAAGUCUAAUGAGCUAGCUGAGGCCAACGUUUCUAUCAAAAAAGAUGAAUUGGUUGAAGAUGAAAAUCCUCUGAAUAAGUCUAACCUAUUCUUACCACCCAAGUCUAAUGAAAUUACUGAAGAUAUAGUUUCUAAUGAAGUAGCUGUAGUAGAAGAUGAUGAAAUGUUUGGUAAUAUGAGUCCUUUGCUUGCAUCACCUGAACCUGAGUUUAAUAGGCUAGCCGAGACAGAAGUUCUUUUCAAAAAAGAUACUUCAGUUCAUGAUGAAGAAUCUCUGAAUGAGUCUAAAUUAUUAUCAUCGCUCAAGUCUGAUGAAAUUACCGAAGCCUAUGUUUCCACUGAAGUUGGUGAAGUUUUUAUCAAUUUGCCUCCCACAGUCAUAUCCUCAAAAGUAGAUGAAUCUCUAAAGGAUAGCAUGUUAAUUGCAAGUAGCGUAUCCACGGAUGAAGAUGAAAUGUUUGAAAAUAUGAGUCCAUUACUUGCUUCACCAGUAGCAGAAAAAAAGUUACUAGCUACAGAAACAGAUAAGUUUACAGAAAAGAAUGUGUCUGUGAAAGGGGAUAAAACGUUUGAUAGUAUGACUCCUUAUCUUGAGUCAGCGAUCUCACAAAAAUUGAUAGAACACUCCAGCAAUACGAUGAUAUCAGAUGAAACCACAAAUUUAGUUGUAGAUGAUCACAUUAUUGUCCGUAUGAUUGAUUCUGUAUUAGAAGAUUCAGAUGGAAGCUCAACUGGGAAAGAAAUUUUUGUCAAACAGAAUACACCAUCAAUAUUAGAUAUCUCCAACAAGCAUGCAAACGAUUUUGAACCCUCAUUUACUAACGCAGAUAAACAUUCUACUAACACAUUAUCUAACUUAAAGCCGGAUAAUUUCUGGCUUGAUAAAUCAGCAAAGGUUGAUUCGGAAAAAUCUCUAGGUGAACAAAAUAGUUUCGAUUUUGUUGAAACGGCCGCUCUAGAUAGGCUUGCACAAAAAAAUGGAGAAUGCGUAAAAUUAGAAAAUAAUCUCAACCACGAUAAAUCAUUUUGGCUUGAAAAACAUAUUUAUCAUGACGCCGAGUGUCAGUAUUUUACAUCCAUCGCAAAUAAGUACAAAAAUACGAUAAAUGAUCAAACCGAAACUGAAAUCAAAGAUCAAAACGAUAAAGACCGUGACCCUGGUAGUGGUUCUGGCCACUCUUCUGAUGAAGAAGAAAAAAAUCAGCGCCAGUCAAAUGGCUCGCUUUCGGAUUCCAAUUACAUUUCCAUGGAUCUUCCGGGUGGAAUAUGUAGUUGGAAAGAUCAGAGCUCAUAUUUGAGUUUAGAAACCACCAACGAUUCGUUGACGGGUCUAAUUAGCGAGGACACGCCCCGAUUAGGUUUUGAUAUCCCAGAGGAUACACUAACAGCCCCAUCCCUCGAGCCCGACACCCAACCCACCCCCAAGCAGGAGCAGCCUCGCGAACAGAAGAUCCGGAAGGCAGCCAAGGAUGACUUGUCUAACGAUAUUGAAACGCUGCUCGAAGAAGUCAAAAUAGUACAAGCGAAUCUGUCAGAUCUUCCGGACGAGAGUCUCGACGCGAUGGAGGCAGGCCUGACGGAGGGCAUAUCGAUUCUAGUCAAGUGUGAAGAGGCAUCGGUGUUACUGGAGCAGAAGGUCAUGGAGUUCCGCCAGGAAGCGGAAGCACAGGCGCUGCUCAAGGAGUUAGUGCUGAUCAAGGCGAGGAUAGCGAAGCUGUUGCUGCAGGCGCGCCAGGGUCUGACCACCAUCCAGGUAAGCAAGGACGCAAAAGAAGAAUUAGUACGUCAGACCAAAGAAGUAGAAGAGCAGAAGGAAAAGGUUGCCAAGCUUGACCAUUGGCUAGAGUCUAUUAACAAUGAACUCAAAGAAACAACAACACAGUCCGACGUGUUCACAGAAGAUGAUAUUAUUAGAUAUAUUGAGAUUUAUGAAAGGUAUUUAAGAGAAUAUGAAGAAUACGAAAUUAUUAUAAAGUCAAUUAUCGUGACGAUUCGUGAUGAUUCUAGUCAGUUAAAAGGAAAGUUAUAUACGACGAGUAAAACAUUAGAACAAACAAAAAAUCUAGUCAUUACUGAGAUUGAGAGGUUAAGACAAAUAUUGAUUCACCUACGCAUAGUGCCAGAAGUAGAAAUACCCGUAGAAGAAGAUAUAUCACAAACAGACAGAACGAUUGAUUCGACAUCUAUGCCUGAAGAAAUAGUUACGCCACGAGAGCCCGAAUUUGUUAAAUUUGAGGAAACUGUUGUGGAAAAGAUGGCCUCACAGAAAUCGGCACCCACUUCUGAACAAAAAACUGAGCUUAGCCAAAUACAAUUACCGAUUAAAGAAACUGAACCUAGCCAAAACGAUUUACCAGCCAAACAAGAUGAACCAACCCAAAUCAAUUUACAAACUAGAGAAAACAUAAUAUUAGAACUGAAUGAGAAAGUUCCUAAUGUGACUAUCGAAACACAGACGGGUAAGAGUCUUAUGUCAGAUGCCCCAUCUCUUGCAGAUAAAUCUAUAAUAUGUAAGCCGGAAGAAAAUCAGAAGGUUGAUGUGUCUAUCACUUGUGCACCACCACAAGAAGUCGAGGUACAGACAAGUGAACCAAAGUCAUUGGAUAAAGAUAUGCUUGAAAAUAUUCAAGUAAAACAAAUCAUAUCUGAAGGUCAUGAAACGAUUGAAAUAGCUAGUCGUCCAGUUAUAAGAGAACAAAUUGGUGAACAGACAUUAUUUGUCGAUGCUCAUUACAAAGAUAAUAACUUAUAUAAAGAUUCACAACUCAACAUCACUCAUUCAUUGCCUCAGUCAUUUGAAACUGUCAUGGUUGAGCCUGAUGAAACUACCACGGAGGUGAUCGUUGAUGCCGAUGGCACUAAGAGAAUAAUAGUUAAAAAGGUUAGGAAAACGCUCGUGACUCGACAGCAGGUUCUUGAAACUCAGAAACAUCAAACUCAAAUAUUGUCCUCUGAUAGUAUUCCACAAGAUCAAUCUCUCGCUCAACUGACACUUCAUGGAGACCAAGGAUCUAGUACAACAGUUUUAGAUGAUGGCGGUGUGAGACAUAUUCAAUAUCAAACAUAUGGUGGACAAAUAGUUUCAGAGUUACCUGGCAGUGAAGUUUCUAUACAGGAAAUAACAUCAAAACCUGAUAUGAUAAUCACAAUGGAACAAGGAAUGAAACCUGAAGAAAUUCUUCAACUUGCUGAAGGUGAGAUACCACCACUAAUACAAACGUCCUCUUCAAGUGUUACUGCAGUUGUACAACAAGUUACAAAAAGAAUAAUUCAGACAAGACGUCGAAUAAUCAGACGGGUUGUUAUAAUUGAUGGAAAAGAACAUGUAACGGAAGAGGUAAUUGAAGAGCCAGAUAGUGUUGAAGUUCUAGAAGAACAAAUUCCAAGAGUUUCUAUUAAUGUAAAAGAUGGUGGCUUUACUUCUGGAGUAGAUAACGGUGCUGAUAAUAAAGGUCAGCCUCCGAAAAAACUUCCAGAUCAAGGAAAGAAUGAUAAACCACACGAUGGAGGUAAAAGUUUUGACACAGAUGAAUACGAUAAGCCCCAGAAAUCAUCUCUUUCGGAUUUUGAUAAACAUGAUAAAGAAAUCUUAGCUGACGAAAAACCACCUUUAGAAUCUAGAUCCCGCGUCUCUGCAAUGCAAUACCAAACAAAAGAAUUCUUACAAGAAGAAAGUAAGAGAGACAGGCAAAAUCAAAUAAUUCCACCAGUUGAAACAAUUACGAUAAGUAAAUCUUAUUCACCUGAGCAAUUAAAAGAAAUAAAUACACAAAUGUAUGAUGUUGAACGUCCUGUAGUAGAUCAAACAGGAAUGUAUACAACGCAAAUAAUGAAAAACACGGAAACAAGUUCUAAUAUUGCAACUGUUACGCAAACGGUAACACGUAAAUUAACCAAAACUAGAAAACGUAUUAUCAAGCAUAUACAAAUUAUUGAUGGUAAGGAACAUGUCACUGAAGAAAUCAUUGAAGAACCAGAUGAAGUUGAAAUUAUAGAGGAUGAACCGCAAAUUUCGCACUUUGUACAAAACCAGGGCAGUAAAUCUAAACGUAUAAAAAUAAUACGUCAAGUGGAAAUAAUUGAUGGUAAAGAACAUGUUACCGAACAAAUCGUAGAAGAAUCGGAUGAUGAACCGUAUGAUUUAAAUGUACUUGAUAAAGAAAGUGUUAAAUUUGAUCAACCCAAUAUAACAGAAAUUGUAGUUCAGGAGACUGUUCCAAAGCCUCUUAAUGUAAUUCCUGACAACUCAAAACCUUUAUUUGUAAGUGAAACUGAUAGUGUUUCAAAGCUACAAAUAUUACCAAAAACUUUUGAGAAAGUCACCACAAUUAAACCUAUAACAAAGGUAACAAGAAUUAGAAAACGUAUAAUAAAACAUAUAAAGAUCAUAGAUGGCAAAGAACAUAUAACUGAAGAAGUUAUAGAAGAGCCAGAUGAAGUAGAAAUAAUCGAAGGAGAGCCACAAGAGUCACAUGUUAUUCAAGAAGAAGGUAUUAAAACAAAGCGCAUUAAAAUAAUACGCCAAGUUAACAUCAUCGAUGGUAAAGAGCAUGUUACGGAACAAAUAAUAGAAGAUACAGAUGACGAAUAUCUGCCUGAUUCAACCAUUACAGCUGAAAUAAGUGUUGACAUUAAUAAACUAGACCAAGCAAAUCAACAUCUUAUAGGUGCUACUAAAAAUCUAACAAGCAGUGGAGUCGAUUAUAUAACAGUUUCCCAUACUUCAGUUAGUUCUACUGAAGCUAAAACUCCUAUUUAUGAAAACAUAAUGGACAACAAGCUGACUACAAAACAGUCAAGUAAUGAAAUCAUAAACAUAACAGAUACUUCACAUCAGUCAGAAGAGGGACCAGGGCUGAAAACUGAUAAAAAUAAAUUACAGGAUAAGCCUGACAAAAUGGAGCUUACCGAAAUUAUUAGUACUCAGCCAUCCAGUACAAAGUCUGGAGAUAGAAAUCUUACUGGCUUUAGUGAAGAUUUGAUUGCUAGUGAAGUUGAUUAUUCAACAAUAUCACAAAUAUCACUUGAAAAGGCUCAUGAUGAUGUCGCAAAUAAGCCAAAAGAACAAUUCUCAGUUUAUACGAAGGAGCCGAUAGUAAAAGGAAAACAAAGUUUUGAAAUAAGUGUUGAGGAACCUAGGAACAUAGAUAAAAUGGGUCUGAAAAUAAUUGAAGAAGAAAUACCAACAGUGAAAUCAAAAACUAAUGAUCAGCCCGAUACAAAUGCCAAGACAGACGCCAUUUACGUAGUGGCAUCUACUGACAUCUCAAAACCAGAUCAAUCAAUAAUUAAUAUGACUAAAGAUUUAUUAGGAAGUGAAAUUAGUCAUACAACUACUUCACAAACUUCUGAUAAAAUUUCGAAAGUAGUUGUUACACCACAACCACAAAUUCUGAAUGUAAUAGAACCCAGCAGUCAAUCUUUAAAAGUCUUGGGGGCAACGUAUGAAACUGAAAACUUAUCAAAACCAGCAAGAGAUUCUGACAAUUCCAAGGUUGAAAACGUUGUUUCUAAAGAUUCGCCACUUGAAAUGCAUCCUAAAAGGGACAUUGAAUAUGUAAAGCAACAAAAUGUAAGUGAAUUAGAUAAUAAGGCAAACAUGCAAGAUCUUAAAACAGAAAAACUCACUGAUAAUGUAGCUAAAAUUAGACCAGAUCAACAACUAAGCAUAUCACAUAAAUCUGAAGAGCAGACCAGGAAAAGAGAGGUAUCACAGGUCGAUUUAAAUAAAUCGCUAGUUUGUGAACAAAAACCUGUUGAUAUGUCUGAAAUGAAUAAAACUACUAAAGAAGAAGAAAAGAAAACUUUUGUUCAUCCCGCAACAGCAGACAGUGUUAAACGUGACCGAUCUCAGGAGGAAUUCAUACCGGAAAUAAUUCCACCUAUUGAAAGUAAAGAAUUAAAAGAUACAUCAAUUGAUAUAUCACGAAGUUUAAUUGAAAGUGAAAUUGAGCACUCAACAGCUGUUUCGCCAAAGUUGGAAACUAAAACAUGCGAUACUUCCUCUACAGCCCGAAACGAAAAAAAAUUGCCUCAGAAUGAAAAUUUUAUUACUAUGCAAGAAAUGGACACAAAUAUAAAACAAAUGGGGGUUGACGGCCAAGGUCUUGAUGACCAGAAGAAUUUACCCACUUUAGAUGAAACUAAGUAUAUUAAACAUACCGAAGGCGAUAAAGAUGUUAUUUUAGAAAAACAAAAGUUAUCCAAACCAAAAAGUGAAGGAAAAACAAUUGAUACUCAUUCGGCAAUACCACAAGACGAUGGAAAAUUAACUAAAGAUAUAAGCUCAUCUAUUCAGGAAAACAUAUUUUUUGGUCCUGAUACACCAAAAAUAAUUUCCACAAAAAGUGAACCUGAAGAAUAUGAAUCUGUGAUGGAUGCUACCAAAGAUUUAUUAAGAAAUGAAGUUGACCGAUCAUUAUUUGAAAUUGCUAAGGAAAUAAAACCUGCACCGACUCAAGAAUUAACUGAAAAUAUAGGAUCAGAAUAUGAAAUCACAAGCCCAGAUUUAAAAGUUGAUUCACAAAAAGUAACAAAAGUUACCAGAACUAGAAAACGUGUUAUAAAACACAUAAAAAUAAUAGAUGGGAAAGAAUAUGUUACAGAAGAAGUCAUAGAUGAACCGAGCGAUGUGCAGAUCUUUGAACAGGGCCCUAGCGAAAUAAUCACUUUGCAAGAGCAAGGUGUGAGAACCAAACGAAUCCGAAUCAUAAGAAAAGUGCAAGUAAUUGAUGGUAAAGAACAUGUAUCAGAACAAAUUAUUGAAGAACCAGAUGAUGAAUAUGUUCCCGACUCAACGGUAACAGCUGAAAUCGAUUUACAACUAACUCAAGUAGCACCAUCUGAACAAGACGUUUCGAGUCUUCAUGAAUAUGUUGAAUUUACUCCUAUAGAUAAAAGAAGAGAUGAAAUAGACAUGGAAGAAAUUAAAGAUUUAAUCCCAAGUUCAACCUCGAAGCCUCCAAUCCUAAGCGCAACAAAAGAAUUCUUGGAAACCGAAGGUUAUUAUGAUUCACCAUUGAACAUUAAAGAAGCUAAGCUGAAAGAACCGGAUGAAAACACAAUUUCAGCUACUGAAAUGUUAUUGAAAGCAUUAACUGUUCAAGAUGAAUUUUCAAUCGGCAAACCGGAUGAGAUUAUAAAAUCGGAGAUACAAUCGAUAGGUAAGCCACAUACUAUUCAGGAAGAAAAUAAAGGAGUAAAAGAAAGUGUCGUUAAACAUGAAUCUGAAAUUUCACAAGUUGAAAAAGACUAUCAAUCGUAUGAAAGCGACAAAGAUCAUACUGCGAAAGAAUAUCUUCAAACUGAUUUACCCAUAGAGGUACCACCCGUAGAUAUUGCUUCAAUUCCAUAUAAAACUGAAUUGAAAUUAGAAGCCGAAGAGCCUAAAGUGCAAUAUCAUACUCAGCCAUUGGACCCUUUAAUACAGUCAGAAAGAGAUUUAUUAUCAGUUACAACACCUAUUACAACGGUUGCGCCUAUUUCAAGUGCUGAUAUUAUUUCGCUACCCACGAAACCGAAUACAGAAUAUGAUGUAACGGCUUUCAUUGAGUCAGAGCGUCUAGAUACACAUUUGCGAAAUGCAGUGCCCGGGGGUUUUAUUGAGGGACGAGGUAAGAUACUACAAGAGGACAAUGUCGAAAAAUCAUCGCAAACCUCACCUAAACCCAAAGAGUCAGGUAAUAAAAUGCAAACAUUUGAUAUUUCAAUGACUAUUGCCAAAACAGAUGAAAGUAAAAAAGUUGAACCUAAAAUUGAACUUGACAUUAAAUUUGAAGAACUUGAUAAGACCCAGCCCACGGUAACUGUAUGUAAAGAAAAUGUUCAAGCUACGCUACCAACAGAAAUAACAAUUACAGAAGAACACUUUAAGAAAAAUGUUGGCGAUGAUACAGACAAAUUAAAACCAGAAGCUCAAUCGACUCCAACUGAAGCUAUAAAAGAACUACAAGCUACGCAGGAACUUUCAGUAAUAAGUCCUAUAGAUACUCUUACAGAAUUGACAAAAGAAAAGCAAAUCAUAAAAAAUCCGUCAGAAGAAAAUAUUCCUAUACUGACUCGAUCUUCGGAUGCAAUCAAAGACCAAGAAAUUAUACUUGAAAAAGAGAUUCCUAUAGGCACUCCUAUCGAAUUGACGAAAGAGGAAAAAAUCGUAAAAGAGCAUUUUGUAGAGACUCCUGUUGAAGUAAUAAAAGACCAACAAGUCACUCAGGAAAUUUCAGAAAAAAAUAUUCCUGCUGAUACAGAAUCUUAUGUCGAAACCGAUAAAAGUAUUACAGACACAGAAAGUUCAUCGUUAAGAAACUAUGUGGAACUACAGACACCUACACCCAUUGAAUCUCCUAAGCCUACAAGUGCCUUACUAGAAACAAAGGUAAUUGAAGAACCUUUAUCGAUUUCAACACAGGUUGAAUCAAUCUCAGAGAAAGGUUAUGAACCCGAGGACAUAUCUAUUGUUAAAGAAAUGGUACCUGAAAAGAAAAAGAGGCAAAAGAAACGAAAAUCUCAUGCAGUGAGUGAAGAAACAAUUUACCCAAAGCAAACUACAACAGAAGACGAAACAGCCGUAUCUACACCUGUAGAAAUGGAAGAGCCAAUCCAUCAAAGAAAAAUCAAAACAAAAAAAGGCAAAAAGAAAGUACCUGUUGACGAUACCAUGAAUAAACCAGAUGCCAGUCCAAUGCAAUCACCUGAAACAACUAAGGCUGAAAGUCCAAAAGUUGGAGAAGAAAUUGUAACAACGUCGCCUCAAGAUGAAUCUUACCAUACUAUUAGUGAAACCUCGGAUAUUAAUACAGUGAAGAUUGUAGAAGAAUGUGUGGGAAGUAGUCCAGAAAUUCAUAAAGAAAUGGCUACUACUGUUACUUAUCCGAUUCCUGUAGUUGAAGAGAUUGCUACUACAGAAUACUCAGUUCAGACCUCGCCAGAAAUACAAGAUUUAAUAAAUGAUGAUAAAGUAGAAAUUGUAAAGGAAACGAUUGACACUGAAUUACAAACUUCACCUAUUCCUGUUAGUGAAAUAGUAAUUCAAACUACACCUGUAGAAGAUAAGGACGCAGACACCCAAACUUUAGACAGUAUAACUGUCGUUGAGAAAGUUGAAGUAUCAAAUUCAGAAAUACAAACAAGUAGAGCUGAAUCACCAGAGCAAGUAAUAACAUCCGAAGUAACUACGCAAGUUUUGCCUAGGGAUAUAGUGACACCUGACGACAAGUUUUCACAAACGUCAUCUCCUAUAAUGGAAGAAGUCAAACAAAUUGUAGAAAAGGAUAGCCGAGAAAUACAGACUUCACCACAACCAACAGUGCCAAAAGAAGAAAAGAGUACGGAAAUUAGAGUUGAAACUACUGAGAGUGAUAUUCAGACUAUCAAACAAGAAUCAAUAGAUCAAGAAACUUUAACUUCACCCAUAAAGAGUAAAGAAGUUACGGAAAUGAGCAUACAAACGCCUGAAGUACCUCUUGUGCACUCUUUUACUCAAUCUGAUUUUAUAGAAACCGUAGCGGAACCAGUUGUUGAGAUGCCACUAAGCCCUCGUUUACCGGUAUUGGAUACCAAAAUUGUAACAGUUGAUAGUACCCAGCAAACAUCACCAAGAAUAUACGAAGAAGAUUUUAAACCCGAUACAAAACAAAUUACCACGGUCGAUACACUACAGCAGACAUCUCCUAGGGUAGACUAUGAUAUUACUCCUGUCAUAACAAAACAAAUUACAACGGUCGAUACUCUACAGCAGACAUCUCCUAGGGUAGACUAUGACAUCACUCCUGUCAUACCACCCUUAGAUUUGGACGAAAAAGAAGUAAUAUACACUGAUAGUGUACAGCAAACUACACCUAGAGAGUAUCUUGAAUCACCAGUAUUUCAACCUACGACAGACAGAGAACAGGUUAUUAUGGCCGACUAUACUCAACAAACUUCUCCGAGAGUGUAUUCAGAAGAUUCCAUAUCAACAUCAACUGACGAGCCCUAUGAAGUGCAUCUUCGGGCUCAAGUUUCUAUUCCACAAGCAACAGACCGCUUUAUUGAAAAUGAACGCGAUACUGAACAAAUGUCUAUACUAGGUGAUUCGUACAAACAAAAAAGAAGAAAACCCAAAAAGAAAAUUGAUUCACCGCUACAGUCACCUGGAAGCUUAUCAGAUCCUAUCAACGCUGAACUGUCUCUUUCUGUAACACCUACGAGUGAAGAUUUAUCUAGCAAAGAAACUUCCUCAAUAGAUGAAGGUAUUUCUCAGUUAGCUAGUCCUGUCUUACUUCAGCAAGAGAGCUAUAUCAUAACACAAAGACCGUCAUAUUCUGAUGUCGUACAAAGAUCAAAAUCAAAAUCUCCGUCGCCUAGUAAAACCAUAACUGUUCCAAAAUCUGGGAAAGCUAGAUUACUCAGUACACUUGAAAAACGCACACAAUCAAUAAAUGAUCCUCAAAAAAUAUCAGAAGACACGAUGACAGUAGCACUGUUUGAACCCUCCGUUGAAAAGUCAUAUGAUCUACUAGUCAACAAAGAAUUGGAUGGGUUGAAAAAUGCUGUCAAUAAUAAUGAUGCUGCUAAGACUGAAAAGUAUAUCAUUACCGUAGUUGAAACUAUUUCCAUUUGGUUAGAAGAAAUUCAAUACAUAAUUCAAAAACAAAUUAUUUCUGGGUCAAAAGAGUCUAUUAAGCCAGAAAGAGUCAAAGACGUAGAAAACUAUAUUCAGCGCCUUAAGGAAACCGUAUAUAGUACAGAGGUAAAUGAAGAAAUCAUUACAUUGAUAGAAACAUUGACAAGACAAGUUCAUGCUGUCAAUAGUAUGAGAGAUCAGAGUGUGGUAAAAGUAAAAGAAGGAGAAAAUGAAUGGGAUAAAUUCAUAGUAGAUGUUAAUAAACUAAGUGAGGCCGUAGAAAAGGUUAAAUCUCGAACUGAUCAAUUUAUUAUGAGUGAAGCGCCUACACACCAAAAGCUUGACGAUCUCGACCAAAUCGAAAUAGACAAUGUUGCAAACUUAGAAAGCAUCAGAAAAAUGUUCCGAAUUUAUAGGAACCUUUUGGAAACUAACCGUAAAAGAGAAUGUCCUUCAAUAUUAUACAUCUGUAACGAUGAUACUAAACAAGUUGAGAAUACAAUAAAUACAGAAAGAGAUCGUCUAUUACAAUUGUCAUCACUAGCCGAAGAAUACGAACAAACUUUACAGGAUUUCGGUCAGAUAACUGAUGUGGCUGAAGCGCUACUUGAUGGAAAGAUCAUCGUAUCUAACUUAGAUCACUUACAUGAAGAAAUACAGAAGCAUCGAAAAUUCUUUGUAAAUCUUAGUCACUGUAGAGCUAUUCUAGAAUCACUCGAAGAUAACCUAGAUAGUGAAACCAGAGCAAAAUAUUCGUCUUUACAUCAUUCUUUGCACGACAGAGCCACAAUUAUAAUUGAUAGAGCUGCUGGACGCGCUCAGCAAAUGACUUUAGCUGCUUCAAGGUGGAGUGUCUUAGAUCAGGGUAUGAAAGAAGAGCAGCAGUGGCUCGUAGUAGCUCAGCAAAGAAUCCCAGAUCUCACAAACGUUACUUCUAUUGAUCACGAACAGUAUAUUAAUCUAUAUCAAUCCAUCAGCCUCGAUGUUUCACAUCACAAUGCAAAAAUGCUUCGAUUACUUUCUAUAACAGAAGGACUUCAGGGUUUAAUUGUUUGUUCGGGAUUAGAAACAGAAUGUUCAAUAGCACUUGAUACGUUAUUAAAACUCCAAGAAGACAUUGACUCGAGACUGACACGUCUUACAGCUUUUAAAGAAAAUUGGGUCACAUACGACUACCUCAUUGACAGAAUUGAAGGCUGGAUGAAACUGGCUAACAAAGAGCUAGAGCAAAUCACUCCUGAAAACAUCACAACUACUAGCAACCUACGUCGGUUCUGGGAACUCAAAGCACAACAUGAAGUUCAUACCAACUUGAAAAAUGAAUCCGGAGUCCAAUUUGACAAAGCAUUAGAAAUUCUACCUAUUUCUGAUGAAAUGGUACAACGUCAGUUCUUCUCCAAAAUUGAAGAUAAAUGGCGAGAUUUAUCAACAAGAAUAAGUAAUAUCCACACGUCUGCCAUACAAAACAUCUCUGACCGUGACGUAUCCUCUAGUGAAAAACUAAAUAUUCUUGAGGAUGAAAUGAGGGAGCUACGAGCGAUGUUGGAUGGUUUGAAGGGAGUAAUUAAAAGUGAUGACGAACUUAAUCUGUACAUAGAACGAUUGCAAGUGAUGACCAGCCGUAUUGAUAGGAUACAGAAUGAACUCGGCAGACUAAGUUUACUACCUACAGCGGAGUCUGAACGUCUCGGUGCACUAUUGUCUCAGUCUGGUUUAUUAGACGAUCAAAUAGCUGAAGAGCUGGAGCGGAGUAUGUUGUUAAAGGAAAAGAUUGAUCACGUUCAGGCUGGAAUAGCUCGUUGCCAGAAGAAUCAACGACGAGCGAGACUAACAUUGGAAGAAUGUGAAGCAGCUGAACGACUGGGCAGCGACGUAGUUGAGAGGGCAUCUCAAAACUGUCAGAAACUUCUGGAAGAUGUUUCGACGCAAUGGAGAGAUAUUCUUGCCUUACGACAAGCGCUGCACACACUCCCGAUCAGUCUACGAGUUUGUGUUUCUCCAGUCAGCGUAGAAAAAGACAUUUCUGCCUUGCAGGAAACUCAUGCAGAAUUGGAGACAGCUUGUAACGAGCUUUGCAUGAGGCUUCGUAACAAGCUGCAUCUAUGGCGACGGUUCGAGAGGCAGCUGGAACUGGUGCAGGGUGCCGUCCGUGAAGCUGACUACAUGGUGGAACUGCUCACGGUGCAGGGUCAGGUGGAUUAUGACCGCCUGCUCAAAGCUACGGAGAAACUCGAGACAUUGAGCGAGUCCCUCUCACGACGAAGCGGAGAGCUGGUGGGAGAACUGAGGGACGCUGCAGCGCCAUUAGAGGCCAGCACCGAGCCUGGCAUCGCUGCCAAGCUGCGCAAAGAGCUGGACGACGCAGCCGCCGCGUACGAGCAUACGUGCUCCAACCUUACGCAGCUCUGUGACAAGUACCACAAAGCAGUAGAUCUCUGGAGGAGGUAUCGCGAGGCUGCGGACAGUGUUCGAGCUUUUGCUGACCACCACGAGACCUUCCUACACGCCCUGAGACCCAACGACGCUCCUGCGGCAGCACAGGCAUGCCUAGAACAAGAAGCACGCGUAGCUGAACUACGGUCCCUAGCCGCAAGGGUUGCAGCUGAGACCGGUUCCAGAGCUCUCCAAGCUGAUGCCGACUCCUUAGCCAGGCGGCUUCAGUUGGUAGCUGGCGCUGUACAGGCUUUAGCAGACCUGGGCGAGGCCAGGCAGGUCGCUCGGGCUAAAGCUCAGCACGCCAAGGAGAUGUUCUGCGAUAUGCGACAGGAUCUUACGCCAGUUCACGAAGAUAGCGAAAUAGUUGAAGACAAAUUGAUAGCACUACGUGAUAACCUCAUCGCACUCGGCAAGAGCGAAGCGGACAUUGCACCCGCCAAAGCGGAACUCCCAGACAUUGAUCGAGACGUAUCAGACGAACACUCGAUUGUAAGGAUACUGGAGCUAUGGCAGGCGAUGUUCAGGGACACGUUCCUCCACUAUCACAGACUAUCAACCGCGCUGGUAAGGUCUGGAGACGCUGCGACUGCCUUGAGGCUAUGGAACGAGUACCUCUUAGACUUGCAAUCGUUCUUGUCCGGUUCAAUACCAACGGACUACGAAAACUUGACGGAACAUCGUCGACUAUGCCGCGUCCAUAGAAACUUGUUAGCAUCACAAAGAUCUGUACUCAUGAAUGAGAACAGGGAAACCAAGAACCGCGAUCUAGCAGACAAGUUCGACACUCUCACUAAUCUUCACAAUGAAACUUUGGCUCGAAUAGUUGAAAGACAUGAUGAAGUGUGCACGCGUAUUGCUGCAUGGGAUGAAUAUAGAGAAAUUUACACCGAACUGCUCAGAUGGCUCAAGGAAAUUGAAAGGGAAAAAGAAAAGUUACAGUUAAGGUAUGUACAUAUAAAGAGGAUACACAAGAUCUUAGCCAAAAUACAGAAUCUCACAGAUACACUACCUGAAGGUAGAAAGCUAAACGAAAAAUUAUUAGGAAACCUUAAAAAGGUACUAGAGUUUACAGAAGAUACGUACGGUGCUUCUGUGAGAAUGGAAUAUGCGGGUAUAGUUAAAAGGGUCGACAAUUUACAAGCCAGUCUUGACACGUGGCGCGACUUCCUAACUCGAAUACUUGGACUCAUCGGUGAAUAUGAAACGUUAACUGGUGACUUACAGAAAUUAUACAAUAAAACCCAAAAUGAAAUAAUGUCUUACUCUGAUGAAGACCGUCUAUCUCGGCCUCAGCUCAAGAAAUCAAUAGACAAGUAUAGUGAUUUGAGGAAAAAGAUAGAUAGAACUGAAACGCAAAUAGAAGCGCUUAGCGUUAUCCAAGAACAAUUGAAAGAAUGCCUCAGUCCACAGGAUAUAAGGAUAGUUAACCAGAAAGUCUGGCAACUUCGACAACAACGGGCGGAUUUAGAACACCAACUCUCUAUAAUAAUUCACAGGCUACAAGAGCGACUAGAAAUUUACACAAUAUUUGACUCAAGGCUAAGUCGGUUUGCCGAAUGGAUGACUAUGCUCGAAUCUCGUCUCGAAACUACCACUUCAACUAGCGACAUAGGAGCCUUGGAUCCUCAGGACUUGAUCAGAAGGAUAAAUUCAGACGUUCAUGCAGAAACUGCCAUGAAAGAACGCGAAUUUGAGUGGCUUACAGAAACUGGUAGUGCUUUAGUUGAUUUAUCUAAAAAGGAUGAAAAGUCGUACAGUAAAAAUACAUCCAAACAUCUUAAAGAUAUACAGGAGCGCUGGCAUAGACUACAAGAAACUGGAAGAAGUCGAAUCGCUAAAAUCAAUGAAUUGCUCGAAACUAUUACUCAACUUGAAGAACGUUUGACGGAAAUUAGAUUGAGAUUGCACUCCAUAGAAGCUAAUUUAUCCAAACCGGUUGUAUUAGAACAUUUAACAGCCAAAGCUGUUGAUAGUAAAUUCCAAGAACGUGAUGAAAUACAUAAAGACAUUGAAAACGAAAGCGGAGAAAUUGGCAAAACGUUAAACCUUUGCGAACUCAUAUUUAACGACCCUGAUGUACUAAGAGGAAACUUCGAUCUGCGCAACUUACAUACAGGAGUCGAUAUUGUUGAGAAAAAAUGGAAAAACAUUUGUGAUAUGUCCGAGCAGCGUAAAAAGGCGCUGAAAGAAAUUCGAAAAUCAGCAGAACUUGCUAAUUCUCUCUUACCCAAAGUGGAAAAGAAACUAGAUGCGAUAGAGAAGAGAGUCGAGAAAAUUGAGACGCGUAAACAGCGGGGUGAAGCAGAAGACGAGAGCGUAUCGAAGGCUGUUACGAAAGAUUUGGAUAAUCUAGAAGGGGAUAUAAAGAAGUUGGAAGAUGCUUAUAGUCGCGUGGCAUCUGCUCGGGGUAUUGAACUUCGUGGUCACGGAGCUGAUGAUGCUGCGAGAUUAAGAGCUGCAGUCAGACGUUGGCAACAGCUUCGUGGAAGAUUGGACUCUGCUGGAGCUGACGCACAUAGACAGUUCGUGGCCGCUCAUGGCAAAGCAGUUGUGUCGUUAGCUGAAGCUGAUGUCAGAUUGACCAGAGCUUUGCAUCUCGCUCCUACCCCAACCGACAAAGUAGCAACUCUUAAGGAAUUAGAUGGUGUGGAAGAAGACCUCCGUGAUUGUGAAGCGUUAGUGGACGAUGCUGACAGGCUGUCCGUAGCAGUAAGCUCCGUGCCCGGGGUAAUGGAUAUGGUGGGCGAAUACCGCGCGCUGUUCGCUGAUGUCAGGACAAGACUAGAGUUAGCCAGGGCUGAGGUGGUUGGAGAUGUAGACAGUGCUGUACAGGUCGAUACUCUGAAAUGGGAAACUGAUGCUGCUUUACAAGUGGACACAUUGACCUCUAAAGAGACCUAUCGUGUCGAACUAGCAUCUGCCGUCAAAGAAACAUCAGAAUCACUUGAAGCACUAAGAACUGUUUUACUCCAUGAAGUUAAAGAAAACGCUGGAAGCGACGAACUGGCUACAUUGGCUAAAGAAAUAGCUAAAGCAGGGGCUAAGCCUGAACAGACAUUAGAACUUGCUAAACAUCUAUCAGAACUAUUGCUAACAGAAUGUGAUGCUACCGAAGAAGAAGCGAUGAUGAAGGAGGUUGAAUCUCUAUCGUUAAGAUACGAAGACUUAUUGGCGCAAGCUAAGAAACGGGAACUACAGAUCAACAAUUUAAGGUUGCCCCACUCCGCAUCGUACGCUCUCACGUGCGAACAUGAAUCCGGUCGUCUGACGUGUCCACUUUGCUCGGACCGCAACUGGAAGCAACUGGACAACGACCUCUGGCGACUAGAGCAAUGGCUUCAGUUUGCUGAGGCCACGGAUGAAGCAAGGACCGACCCUCCUGAGCAGUAUGACGCUCUUGAAGAUGCUAUACAGGACCACCGCGAAUUCCUGCUAGACCUGGACUCCCACAAGGCACUGGUAGUCUCCCUCAACGUGGUGGGGUCCCACGUGACCCGCCACGCCAAGUCUGCAGAUGACGGGCAAAGAGUCCAAGAGAGACUGGUCGAGGCCAACCAGAGAUGGGACCGAGCCUGCUCGAAGGCCGCUGCUUGGCAGGGAAGGCUGCAAACUGCGCUGGUCCAUAAUAGAGAGUUCCAUGAUAUUGUGAUAGAAUUAGUCGCUCAACUGGCUGCGGCAGAGCGAACUGUGCGUGCGCGUGAACCACUCCGCCUGACGCGCCCGCCGCAUGAACUGAGGAAGGACUUCAGGAGGUUCAGCGAGCUGAGAGACGAGCUGAGCAGAGCAGAGCCUAGAGUGCUCGCUCUGAGAGACGCCGCUCAGCUGCUCAAGGGCGCCGAUGCUCAGGAUGUGUGCAGAAGACUGGGCGAGCUCCGCCUGCGCCUGCAGUCGCUGCGCAAGCUAUCGGGUGUGUACGCACUGAAGCUGGGCGCCGCACUCGCGCGACACCCGCCGCAAGCCGGCGCGCUCGCCGCCGCCGCCGCCGCCGCCACCGCCGCCACGCAGCUCAUGGAGGACGAAGAGGAACAGAUCCCGGCGAUGAGCCUGCCGCCUCUCGACGAGAAUGACGUCAUCCUAAGCGAGGAGCGUGAAGAACAAGAAUUAGGCCGCGUGCAGAGGGGCUUGCGAUUCGUCUGUCGCGUCGCCCGCGCCUCGCUUCCAUUCCAGGCCUUACUGUUAUUACUACUGGGAGCCGCUGCCUUAGCCCCCCUCUCUCCGCACGGUGACUGCAGAGCCCCCGCUCCAUCCUUACAGCCCGUACUAAGAUACCCGCAUGGCCCACCCCCCCUUUAAAAAGAUACCCUAAAACCUAGACUAAGAACAGAUAAAAAAUAUUAUUUUGAUAAAGACUUGUUGAUUGUAUAAAUCGUAUAUGUUACUCAUAAAUAUCUAAAUAUUUUAAAAUCCACGAUACCAUAAACUAUAGUAAUUUGAAUCUUUUUAUCUGUGGUAAUCGAUAUACUUACUUAGAGUUUUAAAUAUUUAUGGGUAACUAAAUUGUGGAAAUAAUGUAAAGCUUAUAAAUAGAGACAGUCGAUGUAUUGUGUGCAAAAUGUCAAACACAGGAUUUUAAUCAGUGUUGGCAUUUGUAAACUCGAAUUUCCAUCUCUGUAUAUUAGCUAUAGACUAUAGGAAUGUAGGUAACGUUCGGAUUCGUACUCAUUUAAAUUUCAAAAUUAUCGAUUUUGAAAUUUAAGGGUAUGAAAGUGAUAAAUAGUUUGGACGUCUUUACAUUUUAAAGUCACAAUUUCUGGAUAAAUAACGCCCACGAAAAUGACUGAUGACAAAAUAUUUUACCAAAAAUUUGAACCUUAAUAGUUCAAAAAUCUUCUGGACUUUUCGACCCACCUGGCUAAGCUUAGGUUUUGGGUUGGAAAAUAUAGUUUUCAAUGUAAUUAAAAAUAGAGAACAUUCCUCAAGACACUUUUUGAACAACAAAACUGCGUCAGUCUCCCCUCAGGACUACGCCUAAUUUUGUUGUUUAGUCUGUGCUGAAUAUCUGUCACUUUGACAGCUGUCACUGUCAUCAGUUUUCCGGGCGGACGGCCUCGCCAUUGCUUUUUGGUAAAACGCGAUGUUCGAAGCCGGAAAUAAAAAAUAAAGACACAUUCCAAAAUCUCCACUGGUGCUAGCCCCCGCCGUAUGUAAAUAUGAGAUUUUUGUAUAUUUGUUACGUUGGUAUAUUAUAGAACGAUGUAUAAGGCGUCGUCCUGACAUAACGUGACUAUGCGAUCAGCAAAAAUUCGCGCUAAUUUUGUUCGUUCGCGUUCCGCGCGUUGUACGAACGAAGUUCGCACGAACUUGCGAUUUUCGCUCAUCACAUUUUUCAGGAAGUCGCAUAGAGCGCUCGGGGCCGCGCCGCAAAAUGAAUAUUUAAAUUAUAUUAUUUAUAUAAUCUAUAUUUAAAAUAAAAAUGGCGCCGCACAAAUCAUACACGACGGCUUGAUCGCAUUCACGCAUUGUUACUUAAACUAUUAGAUGGUAAGGAACUGUUUACAAUAAAAACAGAUUAAAGCCUUGCAUUGAUUAUA